AUGGUUCCAGGGCUUCCUUUUGGAGACUUCAAUCUCCUGCUGGGAAGAUUAAAGGAUGUGAAUAUUGUGGCCACUCAAAAAAAACAUUCCGCUUCGCUCUGAAAUAGGGAACAGAAAAUAGCAGAGCCCUCCUCAGUUUUGUACUGUGUUUGUUGAAAUAGGCGCUCCACUUAUCCUGUCUGGGUCGCCCAUUGUUUGUCGCCCAUUGUUGUUCCAGGUGCUGGAACGGUUCACGGGCCGUCUGAUCCAGAACAGGGCGAUGUCUCACCGCGACCUGCGCUCCCUCACCAAGUACCAGCUCAUCCUCGCCCGGGAACAGUUCCGCAAGAACCCUCCGCCCCACGUCACGGUGCGGUAAACACACGAACGCAUGCAGGCACACAGUGCCACCACACACACCACACACACCACACACACACACACACACACACACAAAGGCAUUCCUUGACACUAUACAUUUAAUAGCUUUAUGGACAUUUUGUAACACAUAGCCAACCAAUGCUCAUCUUUUUUGGAGCAGGAAUGUCCUCAGAGUAACCCCUAUUCAUUUUCUUCUAUGAUCAAUCAACACGUUGCUGUUUUGCGAUGGAAAUACAAUGUCAAAUUUACUUGCAAAUCGAUGUUAAGUUACGUCAUGUUAUGUCCUGCUGUCAAAUUAAGUCAAGCUACAUACGUUAAGGCUUAAGCCCGUCUUUGUGAUCCUUGCUGUUAACAGGGGGCUCAGCAUGGGGCUCUGGAGGGGGACUUUGCCCUGUGUAUCAGCCUGUACCACGGCUACGAGCUGCUGCUCCAGAUGGGCCUGCGCUCCCUCUUCCUCUUUGUCCAGGGCAUCAUGGAUGGCACCAAAGGUAGGUAGGAGGCACCUCCUUACGCGCACACAAACACACACUCACUCACUCACUCACAACCACUCUAUAAGUGAUAGCCAGCAUUCUGCUCAGGUGAUUGUCUCCAUUCUAUAUUUAUGCCAACUCAGAGAUGUCUCGAGCCAGGAACGAGCUACAGCGCAACGCCACCUUCAUGGACCUGUACCAGGAGAUGGAGGCCAUGUUUGUAAAGCCCACUGGUAGGAUACCGUUCCUACAGCCCCGUGUCUUUGAAGCCACAUGAUAACACUUUAUUUUACAGCCAGGAGCCUGGUUAAAGCUGGUACUUUCCUGGUAUUUACAUGGUAAAUACUAGGAAACUGUGGUAACAAUAAGAAUUUGGUACCUACCUCAAACAAUUCAACACAAUUGGUAACUACCUGCUACCAAAUUGUGCAUAGUGAUGCUUGUGUCAAUGAAUGUCAAAGAAACCGAUGUGUAAUUACUACACAAUUAUUAGUCAAGCACCGUUGUAACAAGUAAUUUCUAAAUAACUACCUGUUCAACAGCAGGCUGUAAAACAAAAGCGUUACCAACACUUCUCCUAAUUGUGAAUGUUUAUUAUGAAGGGUGUCGUGGGCCAUGAUUGACCUGGUUGACCUGAUUGCCGUGUAUUGCGCUUUGCUUCCAGGCCCCGAGGAGCCCUUCAUCUACAGUCACCCCAAACUGCAGAAGCUGGAGGAGGUGGUGCUAGGGCACUUUAAAACACGGGCUGAGAGCUCCGGCACCGGUAAUUCACUCUCUUGUUAGUAGCAACUAACUGCAACCAGCUCUUAGCAAUGAGUCAUCCUUUUAAGAUAUUUAACUAGAGCCGAGGUAAACAGCAGGAAUGAAUGACACGGUUAAAGUCAGAGAGUGUGCUCCAGAUGUUGUUAUUACGUAUUUGUUUUGAGUAGCAGCAGAUGCACUUAAUAAGCAGUUGAUUGGUUGUAAGAACACACACACGCACUGAGGAAGGCACUAACCGAAAUGUAUGCAGUUUGUGUUUUAGUAGGAAAUGUUGCCUAAAAGAAAAUGAAGACAAAUACUUAAUUUCCAACUACAUGAAGUGAGUGCUGGUGAGUCUUUUUCAUUGGUUGUAAGUAACCUCUUUCUCUUUUUCUCUCCUCUUUGAUUGGUCCAGGCUCUGGGCCCCAGGAAGUGAGCACGCGUGUGAUGAUCUUUUCAUCGUUCCGGGAGAGCGUGCAGGAGAUUGCCGCCAUGUUGAACCGCCACCUGCCCCUGGUCAAAGUCAUGACCUUUAUGGGCCAGGCCUCGGCAGGGAAGGGGGUCAAAGGGUUCACCCAAAAGGAGCAGCUGGAGGUAAAAAUACAACUCAUGUGGCCUGGGGAUGGUGCCUACACUCUAGGUUCCAUCUAGAAACUAAAAGGGUUCUUUGGUUGUCCAAAUGGAAGAACCCUUUGAAGAACCUUUUCACAGAGCGUUCUACAUGGAACCCAAAAGGGUUCUUCAAAGGGUUAUCCCAUGUGGACAGCCGAAGAACCCUUUUGGAUAACCACCUUCAGUACAUACAGUGGGGAGAACAAGUAUUUGAUACACUGCCGAUUUUGCAGGUUUUCCUACUUACAAAGCAUGUAGAGGUCUGUUAUUUUUAUCAUAGGUACACUUCAACUGUGAGAGACAAAAAUCCAGAAAAUCACAUUGUAUGAUUUUUAAGUAAUUAAUUUGCAUUUUAUUGCAUGCCAUAAGUAUUUGAUCACCUACCAACCAGUAAGAAUUCCGGCUCUCACAGACCUGUUAGUUUUUCUUUAAGAAGCCCUCCUGUUCUCCACUCAUUACCUGUAUUAACUGCACCUGUUUGAACUCGUUACCUGUAUAAAAGACACCUGUCCACACACUCAAUCAAACAGACUCCAACCUCUCCACAAUGGCCAAGACCAGAGAGCUAUGUAAGGACAUCAGGGAUACAAUUGUAGACCUGCACAAGGCUGGGAUGAGCUACAGGACAAUAGGCAAGCAGCUUGGUGAGAAGGCAACAACUGUUGGCGCAAUUAUUAGAAAAUGGAAGAAGUUCAAGAUGACGGUCAAUCACCCUCGGUCUGGGGCUCCAUGCAAGAUCUCACCUCGUGGGGCAUCAAUGAUCAUGAGGAAGGUGAGGGAUCAGCCCAGAACUACACGGCAGGACCUAGUCAAUGACCUGAAGAGAGCUGGGACCACAGUCUCAAAGAAAACCAUUAGUAACACACUACGCCGUCAUGGAUUAAAAUCCUGCAGCGCACGCAAGGUCCCCCUGCUCAAGCCAGCGCAUGUCCAGGCCCGUCUGAAGUUUGCCAAUGACCAUCUGGAUGAUCCACAGGAGGAAUGGGAGAAGGGCAUGUGGUCUGAUGAGACAAAAAUAUAGCUUUUUGGUCUAAACUCCACUCGCCGUAUUUGGAGGAAGAAGAAGGAUGAGUACAACCCCAAGAACAACAUCCCAACCGUGAAGCAUGGAGGUGGAAACAUCAUUCUUUGGGGAUGCUUUUCUGCAAAGGGGACAGGACGACUGCACCGUAUUGAGGGGAGGAUGGAUGGUGCCAUGUAUCGCGAGAUCUUGGCCAACAACCUCCUUCCCUCAGUAAGAGCAUUGAAGAUGGGUCGUGGUUGGGUCUUCAAGCAUGACAACGACCCGAAAUACACAGCCAGGGCAACUAAGGAGUGGCUCCGUUAGAAGCAUCUCAAGGUCCUGGAGUGGCCUAGCCAGUGUCCAGACCUGAACCCAAUAGAAAAUCUUUGGAGGGAGCUGAAAGUCCGUAUUGCCCAGCGACAGCCCCGAAACCUGAAGGAUCUGGAGAAGGUCUGUAUGGGAGUGGGCCAAAAUCCCUGCUGCAGUGUGUGCAAAACUGGUCAAGACCUACAGGAAACGUAUGAUCUCUGUAAUUGCAAACAAAUGUUUCUGUACCAAAUAUUAAGUUCUGCUUUUCUGAUGUAUCAAAUACUUAUGUCAUGCAAUAAAAUGGAAAUUAAUUACUUAAAAAUCAUACAAUGUGAUUUUCUGGAUUUUUGUUUUAGAUUCCGUCUCUCUCAGUUAAAGUGUACCUAUGAUAAAAAUUACAGACCUCUACAUGCUUUGUAAGUAGGAAAACCUGCAAAAUCGGCAGUGUAUCAAAUACUUGUUCUCCCCACUGUAGGCCUAUGAGUGUGGCCAUGUCGGUUUGAAUCCCAGACCUACCGUUGCUUUGUUACAACCCCUCUUCACUUCUCUCCUUCUAUGCGUCCUAUCUCUUCAAUAAAAUGUCUGAUAAAUACAAAAAAACACAAUGCAUGUGCCACAGUCACACCAGGUGACAAGACUGAUAACACAAGCUCAAGGUAAUGCCAGGAUAACGUAAUUAAAAAGGAUAGUAUUUGAUUGACAUGGCUUGGUUUACAUUAUACUGGGAUUUGGUCCAAAUGAACUGAAAAAGAACACACUGGAAAGUGCCUCCCAAAUACCUGUAUUGAGCUAAACGGCACAAACAUUCAAUGUUAUCCAAAAAUGUGGUUGCUUAGCGGCUCUGACUGAAGCUAAGGUGUUGUUCUGUGACCCUAUUAGGCUUGUCUUCUCAGGUCCUCAGCUUUCUCCAUUCCUGACUGGCAGACAGAGUGUUUGCUUAGCUUAGAUAGAUAGCUGACACAUCCUGCUCCCCAUAUGCCUGCUCUGUCUUGUGUCACUGUGUAGGUGAGCUGCUAAUAGUUUUUUUUUCUGAUAAUUUUUUCUGAUAUCCACAUGGCAGUCAAAAAUACUGAAAUACAUAGAUACUAAAAUACAUGGAUAUUACAAUACAUACACAAUAACACAUUCAAGUUGAAAUCACAAGUAAAAUUCAUGACAAUAUGUACGUUAAGGAGACCCGAAGAGUUUUGAUGAUUUAAUUUGCAUAGGUAGGGUAUGGGAGACUGGUGUGCUGGUAGAAAUAUAUUUUCACCACACACACCUGUACCAUAGAUAUAACAUAAUGUAGGUAGGCCUUUAGAAAAUGGAGAAGGUGAUUAUGAUAAAGUAAGAAAGCCGAACUGAGCCAGUUCAGGUAUAAAUUAUAUAUUUGAUGUUCUUCAAAAACCACCAGCAAAUCAAUUGAAUGGCUAAACUGUUAGCCUCUAGGCUAAAUGUAGCACCCACCAUUAACUUACAGGAUCAUAGCCUACACUAGCGUUUGAAGAACUAGCUCGUCGAUUUUCCCAUUGUACUUAGAUUUUUUUUUAAUGGUUUGCUGCUCAUAAGGAUCAUUCCUCUACAGAUCGGCUGUGUGCUUAGGGUCAUUGUCCUGUUGGAAGGGGAAACUUUGCCCCAGUCUGAGGUCCUGAGUGCUCUGGAGCAAGUUUUCAUCAUUGCUCUGUUCAACUUUCCCUCGAUCCUGACUAGUCUCCCAGUCCCUGCCGCUAAAAAACAUCCCCACAGCAUGAUGCCAGACGUGACACUUGGCAUUCAGGCCAAGAAUCAGAAUCUUGUUUCUCAUGGUCUGAGAGUCAUUUAGGUGCCUUUUGGCAAACUCCUGGUGGGCUCUCAUGUACCUUUUACUGAGGAGUGGCUUCCGUCUGGCCACUCUACCAUUAAGGCCUGAUUGGUGGAGUGCUGCAGAGAUGGUUGUCCAUCUGGAAGGUUCUCUCAUCUCCACAGAGGAACUCUGGAGCUCUGUCAGAGUAACCAUCGGGUUCUUGGUCACCUCCCUUACCAAGGCCCUUCUCCCCCGAUUGCUCAGUUUGGCCGGACGGCCAGCUCUAAGAAGAGUCUUGGUGGUUCCAAACUUCUUCAAUUUAAGAAAGAUGGAGGCCGCUGUGUUCUUGGGGAACUUCAAUGCUGCAGAAAUUUUUUGGUACCCUUCCCCAGAUCUGUGCCUCGACACAAUCCUGUCUCGGAGCUCUGUGUACAAUUCCUUCGACGUCAUGGCUUGGUUUUUGCUCUGACAUGCACUGUCAACUGUGGGACCUUAUAUAGACAGGUGUGUGCCUUUCCAAAUCAUGUCCAAUCAGUUGAAUUUACCACAGGUGGACUCCAAUCAAGUUGUAGAAAAAGCUCAAGGAUGGUCAAUGGAAACAGGAUGCACCUGAGCUCAAUUUCGAGUCUCAUAGCAAAGGGUCUGAAUACUUAUGUAAAUAAUGUAUUUCUGUUUAAAAAUAUUAAUACAUUUGCUAAAAUUUCUAAAAACCUCUUUGCUUUGUCAUUAUGGGGUAUUGUGUGUAGAUUGAGGAAAAUCUUUUAUUUAAUCAGUUUUAGAAUAAGGCUAAUGUAACAGAAUGUGGAAAAAGUCAAGGGGUCUGAAUACUUUCCAAAUGCACUGUACAUGUUUGUGAUUGACUUCACAUACAGGCACAGCCAAGAUUUCUGUCAUCCUGAUAAAAUUUAUUGAUUUCUGUACUGAAGGUGGUGCGACGGUUUCGGGAGGGAGGCUUCAACACCCUGGUGUCCACCUGCGUGGGCGAGGAGGGGUUGGACAUAGGCGAGGUGGACCUCAUCGUGUGCUUCGACGCCCAAAAGAGCCCCAUCCGCCUGGUUCAGCGCAUGGGCCGCACAGGACGCAAACGCAAGGGCCGCAUAGUGGUCAUCUUGGCAGAGGGACGAGAGGAGAGGGUGAGCAACAACUCCUGCCUUGGGAAUCUUAGGAACGGUCCCACAUCUGUUUGUGCUGUACCUCUAUGGUAAUUCCUAUGUUCAUUGUCAUACCAAACAUGUUUAUGUUUGGUAUGACAAUUGAAAAACAAAGUUCCACUUUGACAUCAUCGUGGUUUGUGUGUAGGCCAGUGACAAAAUCUCGAUUUUAAUCGAUUUGAAAUUCAGGCUGUAACACAACAACGUGGAAAAAGUCAAGCGGUGUGAAUACUUUCUGAAGGCACUGUAAGCAUGAAAUAGCUUUAAAUAAUCUUAACUAUUUUUUUGAGUGCGGACCCUGUAAUCUGCAACCACCAACUCUUUGUCGGACAUCUUUGUUUUCCCCUCAGACCUACAACCAGAGCCAGAGCAACAAACGCAGCGUGUACAAGUCUAUCGUGGGGGACAGCCACAGAUUCCACAUGUUCCCCCACAGCCCCCGCAUGCUGCCCGAGGGGGUGCACCCCGCCCUGCACAAGAUGCACAUCACCUGUGGCCAGUUUGACCACGGGGAGAGCAGCAGGCGGCUCUCCGGGGGUGGGAGGGGACGCAGGUCCCACUCCUUGGAGGGCCACCGUGAGUCCCUUUUUCUUCCGCAUGGUCUAGGUAAGAGAGGCUGGGGCUCUUGCUAUGUACAGUACCAGUCAAAAGUUUGGACACACCUCGUUCUUCAGACCACCACUAAUCGUUCUGCAAGGGUUUUUCUGAUUUUUACGGUUUUCUUACCUUGUAAAAAUAAUAGUUGAAGAAUUAAACGAUGAAAUAAACACAUAUGGAAUCCUGUAGUAACAAAAAAGUUGGUAAACAAAUCAAACUAUUUUUUAUAUUUGAGAUUCUUCAAAUUAGCCAAUCCCUUUCCCGCCCUUGAUGACAGUUUGGACACUCUGGCUUCUCUCAACCAGCCUUCAUGAGGGAAUGCUUUUCAACAGUCUUGAAAGACGGUCCCACAUAUUUGCUGAGCACUUGUUGGCUGCGUUUUCCCUUCACUCUGCUGGUCCAACUCAAUCCCAAACCAUCUCAAUUGGGUUGAGGUUGAGUGAUUGUGGAGGCCAGGUCAUCUGAUGCAGCACUCCAUCACUCUCCUUCUUGGUCAAAUAGCCCUUACACAGCCUGGAGGUGUGUUUAGGGUCAUUGUCCUGUUGAAAAACAAAUGAUAGUCCCACUAAGCACAAACCAGAUGGGAUGGCGUAUCACUGCAGAAUGCUGUGGUAGCCAUGCUGUUUAAGUGUGCCUUGAAUUCUAAAUAAAUCACAGACAGUGUCACCAGCAAAGCACCCCCACACCUCCUCCUCCUCCAUGCUUCACGGUUGGAACCACACAUGUAGAGAUAAUCCAUUCACCUACUCUGCGUCUCACAAAGACACGGCGGUUGGAACCAAAAAUCUCAAAUUUGGACUCAUCAGACCAAAGGACAGAUUUCCACCGGUCUAAUGUCCAUUGCUCAUGUUUCUUCGCCCAAGCAAGUCUCUUUUUCUUAUUGGUGUCCUUUAGUAGUGGUUUCUUUGCAGAAAUUCGACCAUGAAGGCCUUUGGAGUAUAACUGCGGCUUCCCCCUUGUGUUUCAAUGUUCCAGGCGGGCACCAGGAGAGUGUGAAGGAGGAUGGUUUCCUUAGCCCUUCUGCGCUCGCUCACUGGGAGUCUACCAUGAAACUAGGGGAGGACGUGGCUCCACCCAUUCUGAGACGGUCCCGCUUCCUCUCAAUACAGGAAGACACGCCACCUCGGGUGAGUUGUGGGUUCAACCCUUGCAAGGAUCAUACACACUACAAAUGUAUGCACUAACUUAUCUCUUUGGAUAAUGUCUGCUAAGUGGUAUAUUUGAUGAUUAUGUUGUGCCUGUUGUGUGUGUGGCUGUAGGAGGAGCCGCUCUCCAGCGGGCCGACCAGGGAGCUGUCUCUGUGGGAGUGGAGACACUGGCAGAACCAGCCCUUCCCCACUCACAUCGUGGACCACUCCAACCGCUGCCACCACUUCACCAAGGUCAUGGAGCUCAUCGACAGCCUGCGCCAGGAAGAGGUGAGAGGGAGGGCAACCUGAGAGGGGGUCGUCCAUUCAUCCAUCAUCCAUCCGUUCAUUCAUCCAUCUAUCCCCCUCCACCCCCCACAAAUGUGUCAUCCACCGCCUACCUCUCCCAUUAAAAGUUUCCCGUAAUUCAAAACCACUGCAGUGUGGCAGUUGAGACAUUUAGCAUUGGUAUUGUAAUACUAGUCUCGUAAGCCACACUCAAAGGACUCGCAUUAGCUUGCAUCAUGUAGCUAUAUGAAAGUCGGUCAUGAGAGACUACUGUAUUACAUAUAAGAAGAGGCAGAAGAGUGUUUCCCAUAUAUUAAUUUAGCAGUGGCGGCCCGCCCUUGCUAAAUAGUUGCCGCCACUCCAAGAAAUAUGUAAAAACAAAUAUAAAAAAAUAAUAUAUAUAUAUAUAUAUAUAUAUAUAUAUAUAUAUAUAUAUAUAUAUAUAUAUAUAUAUAUAUAUAUAUAUAUAUAUAUAUAUAUAUGCAUGCACACACACACACACACAUAUUCACUGCUCAAAAAAAUUAAGGGAACACUUAAACAACACAAUGUAACUCCAAGUCAAUCACACUUCUGUGAAAUCAAACUGUCCACUUAGGAAGCAACACUGAUUGACAAUACAUUUCACAUGCUGUUGGCAAAUGGAAUAGACAACAGGUGGAAAUUAUAGGCAAUUAGCAAGACACCCCCAAUAAAGAAGUGGUUCUGCAGGUGGUGACCACAGACCACUUCUCAGUUCCUAUGCUUCCUGGCUGAUGUUUUGGUCACUUUUGAAUGCUGGCGGUGCUUUCACUCUAGUGGUAGCAUGAGACGGAGUCUACAACCCACACAAGUGGCUCAGGUAGUGCAGCUCAUCCAGGAUGGCACAUCAAUGCGAGCUAUGGCAAGAAGGUUUGCUGUGUCUGUCAGCGUAGUGUCCAGAGCAUGGAGGCGCUACCAGGAGACAGGCCAGUACAUCAGGAGAUGUGGAGGAGGCCGUAGGACCGCUACCUCUGCCUUUGUGCAAGGAGGAGCAGGAGGAGCACUGCCAGAGCCCUGCAAAAUGACCUCCAGCAGGCCACAAAUGUGCAUGUGUCUGCUCAAACGGUCAGAAACAGACUCCAUGAGGGUGGUAUGAGGGCCCGACGUCCACGGGUGGGGGUUGUGCUUACAGCCCAACACCGUGCAGGACGUUUGGCAUUUGCCAGAGAACACCAAGAUUGGCAAAUUCGCCACUGGCGCCCUGUGCUCUUCACAGAUGAAAGCAGGUUCACACUGAGCACGUGACAGACGUGACAAAGUCUGGAGACGCCGUGUAGAACGUUCUGCUGCCUGCAACAUCCUCCAGCAUGACCGGUUUGGCGGUGGGUCAGUCAUGGUGUGGGGUGGCAUUUCUUUGGGGGGCCGCACAGCCCUCCAUGUGCUCGCCAGAGGUAGCCUGACUGCCAUUAGGUACCGAGAUGAGAUCCUCAGACCCCUUGUGAGACCAUAUGCUGGUGCGGUUGGCCCUGGGUUCCUCCUAAUGCAAGACAAUGCUAGACCUCAUGUGGCUGGAGUGUGUCAGCAGUUCCUGCAAGAGGAAGGCAUUGAUGCUAUGGACUGGCCCGCCCGUUCCCCAGACCUGAAUCCAAUUGAGCACAUCUGGGACAUCAUGUCUCGCUCCAUCCACCAACGCCACGUUGCACCACAGACUGUCCAGGAGUUGGCAGAUGCUUUAGUCCAGGUCUGGGAGGAGAUCCCUCAGGAGACCAUCCGCAACCUCAUCAGGAGCAUGCCCAGGCGUUGUAGGGAGGUCAUACAGGCACGUGGAGGCCACACACACUACUGAGCCUCAUUUUGACUUGUUUUAAGGACAUUACAUCAAAGUUGGAUCAGCCUGUAGUGUGGUUUUCCACUUUAAUUUUGAGGGUGACUCCAAAUCCAGACCUCCAUGGGUUGAUAAAUUUGAUUUCCAUUGAUAAUUUUUGUGUGAUUUUGUUGUCAGCACAUUCAACUAUGUAAAGAAAAAAUUAUUUAAUAAGAUUAUUUCAUUCAUUCAGAUCUAGGAUGUGUUGUUUAUGUGUUCCCUUUAUUUUUUUGAGCAGUGUAUAUGCACACACACACACACACACACACAUAUACACUGCUCAAAAAAAUAAAGGGAACACUUAAACAACACAAUGUAACUCCAAGUCAAUCACACUUCUGUGAAAUCAAACUGUCCACUUAGGAAGCAACACUGAUUGACAAUAAAUUUCACAUGCUGUUGUGCAAAUGGAAUAGACAACAGGUGGAAAUUAUAGGCAAUUAGCAAGACACCCCCAAUAAAGGACUGGUUUUGCAGGUGGUGACCACAGACCACUUCUCAGUUCCUAUGCUUCCUGGCUGAUGUUUUGGUCACUUUUGAAUGCUGGCGGUGCUUUCACUCUAGUGGUAGCAUGAGACGGAGUUUACCACCCACACAUGUGGCUUAGGUAGUGCAGCUCAUCCAGGAUGGCACAUCAAUGCAAGCUGUGGCAAGAAGGUUUGCUGUGUCUGUCAGCGUAGUGUCCAGAGCAUGGAGGCGCUACCAGGAGACAGGCCAGUACAUCAGGAGACGUGGAGGAGGCCGUAGGAGGGCAACAACCCAGCAGCAGGACUGCUACCUCCGCCUUUGUGCAAGGAGAAGCAGGAGGAACACUGCCGGAGCCCUGCAAAAUGACCUCCAGCAGGCCACAAAUGUGCAUGUGUCUGCUCAAACGGUCAGAAACCGACUCCAUGAGGGUGGUAUGAGGGCCCGACAGAGCUCCCAGGCACGUGGGGGUUGUGUUACAGCCAAGAUCCUCAGCCUGUGGGUGUGCAUUCUUGGGGGGCCCAGCAACAGUGCCAGGCUCAGGGUGCUGACGCCAUUUGAGACCAUACGUGCUUGGCCCUGGUCCUCCAUCGGCAGACCUAGACCAAUGGCUGGAUGUGCAGCAGUUCCUGCAGGAAGGCUUUGCAUGACUGGCCUGCCGUCCCCAGUAUCCAGAGACAUCUGGGACCAUGCCUCAUCCACCACCACACGUUGACCAGGAUGUCCGGUGGCGUGCUUAGUCCAGGUCUGGGAGGAGAUCCCCAGGAGACCAUCCGCCUCCCAGGAGCAUGCCCAGGAGCUGCCAGGGGGUUAGGCCAGGGAGGCCACACACAAGCCACAUUGACUUUUUAGGACUGUUUAAGGAUAACAAAGUUGGAUCAGCCUGUAGUGUGGUUUUCCACUUUAAUUUUGAGGGUGACUCCAAAUCCAGACCUCCAUGGGUUGAUACAUUUGAUUUCCAUUGAUAAUUUUCGUGUGAUUUUGUUGUCAGCACAUUCAACUAUGUAAAGAAAAAAGUAUUUAAUAAGAUUAUUUCAUUCAUUCAGAUCUAGGAUGUGUUAUUUUAGUGUUCCCUUUAUUUUUUUGAGCAGUGUAUAUACAGCUGUGGAAAAAAUUAAGAGACCACUGCAAAAUUAUCAGUUUCUCUGGUUUUACUAUUUAUAGGUAUGUGUUUGGGUAAAAAUAAUAUUUUUGUUUUAUUCUAUAAACUACUGACAAUAUUUCUCCCAAAUUCCAAAUAAAAAUAUUGUCAUUUAGAGCAUUUAUUUGCAGAAAAUGACAACUGGUCAAAAUAACAAAAAAAGAUGCAGUGUUGUCAGACCUCGAAUAAUGCAAAGAAAAUAAGUUAAUGUUCAUUUUUAAACAACACAAUAGUAAUGUUUUAACUUAGGAAGAGUUCAGAAAUCAAUAUUUGGUGGAAUAACCCUGAUUUUCAAUCACAGCUUUCAUGCGUCUUGGCAUGCUCUCCACCAGUCUUUCAUAUUGAUGUUGGGUGACUAUGCCACUCCUGGCGCAGAAAUUCAAGCAGCUCGGCUUUGUUUGAUGGCUUGUGACCAUCCAUCUUCCUCUUGAUCACAUUCCAGAAGUUUUCAAUGGGGUUCAGGUCUGGAGAUUGGGCUGGCCAUGAUAGGGUCUUGAUCUGGUGGUCCUCCAUCCACACCUUGAUUGACCUGGCUAUGUGGCAUGGCGCAUUGUCCUGCUGGAAAAACCAAUCCUCAGAGUUGGGGAACAAUGUCAGAGCAAAAGGAAGCAAGUUUUCUUUCAGGACAACCUUGUACGUGGCUUGAUUCAUGCGUCCUUCACAAAGACAAAUCUGCCCGAUUCCAGCAUUGCUGAAUCACCCCCAGAUCAUCACCGAUCCUCCACCAAAUUUCACAGUGGGUGCGAGACACUGUGGCUUGUAGGCCUCUCCAGGUCUCCGUCUAACCAUUAGACGACCAGGUGUUGGGCAAAGCUGAAAAUUGGACUCAUCAGAGAAGAUUGGGCGGCAGGUAGCUUAGUGGUUAAGAGCGUUGUGCCAGUAACCGAAAGGUCGCUGGUUCUAAUCCCCGAGCCGACUAGGUGAAAAAUCUGUCUGUGCCCUUGAACAAGGCACUUAACCCUAAUUGCUCCUGUAAGUCGCUCUGGAUAAGAGCGUCUGCUAAAUGACUAAAAUGUAAAUGUAAGAUGACCUUACUCCAGUCCUCUACGGUCCAAUCCUUAUGGUAUUUUGCAAACCUCAGCCUGGCUCUUCUUUGCUUCUCAUUGAUGAAGGGCUUUUUUCUAGCUUUGCACGACUUCAGCCCUGCCCCUAGGAGCCUGUUUCGAACCGUCCUCGCCGUGCACUUCACCCCAGCUUCCGUUUGCCAUUAUUUUUGUAGGUCACUUGAUGUCAUCCUACUGUUGUUGAGUGACAUUCGAAUGAGUUGGCGGUCAUCCCGGUCAGUAGAGAGUAGUUUUUGCCCUCUGCCGGUCUGUAGCUUUGUUGUCUCCAAUGUCUGCUGCUUGACCUUGUUCUUAUGAACUGCCGUCUUUGAAAUUUUAAGGAUGGAAGCAACCUGACGCUCACUGUAUCCCUCUGCCAGUAAAGCCAGAAUUGAACCCUUCUUUUCCUCACUCAAAACAUUCCUUUUCAACUCUUUUGGCAUGGUCAAUAGUUAUUUUUUUUAUUAAUAUUACUUUUGAGGUACUAUUAGCACUGUUUUUGCCAUCCAGCUGGUCCUAUUGCAAGAGGAUAGUGAUGACCACAGCAGUGGUUUUUAUACUUUUCCUCGUUAAAUAAGAUUUGGUUCAUGUGAUCACCUAAUCAGUACCUAAUUCAGUAGAAUGAGGUGUGCCUGUGUUGGAAUUCAACAGACACUGGACAGGAAUGGCUGUCAUACAUGUAGAGAUGCUGAUUUAAGAAACAUUUGCAGUGGUCUCUUAAUUUUUUCCACAGCUAUGUGUAUAUAACACACACAUACCUAUACAUACAUGCAGAGCAGAGCAAUAUACACAUACAUACAGUGCAUUCGGAAAGUAUUCAGACCCCUUUACUUUUUCCACAUUUUGUUAGGUUACAGCCUUAUUCUAAAAUGGAUUAAAUUGUCACGCCCUGGCUCUGGGACUCUGUUAUGUUGAGCCAGGGUGUGUUGUUUCUAUGUGUUUUGUGUGCUAGGGUGAUUAUCUAGCUGAUGUGUUUUCUAUGUUGGCCGGUGUGGUUCUCAAUCAGAGGCAACGUGAAUCAGCUGUUGAUUGUUGUCUCUGAUUGGGAACCAUACUUAGGCAGCCUGUUUUGCCACAGUGUUUGUGGGAUCUUGUUCCGUUUGGUUUGUGUAACCGUAGGACUUCACGUUUCGUAUCGUUUGUUGUUUUGUUCGUGUGGUGACUCUAAGAAAAGAAGUAUGUUCACUUAUCACGCUGCGCAUUGGUCCACUUCUAUCGACGAUCGUGACAGAAGAUCCCACCCUAACUGGACCAAGCAGCAUGUCCAGGAGCCAACGCCAGAGGUGAAUCUAGCGGAUAUCCACCUCGACUGGGUCAAGCCGCGGGAGGAGGAGAGAGGCUGGACUUGGGAGCAGAGGAGCGAGAGUCUGGCGAGAGCCAUGGAGGCCUGGCCCACGGGGAGGAGAUACGCCCAGAACAUUUUUAGGGGGGGGCUCACGCCGUGGACGACGGGGCAGCAGGAGGCCGCCAGGUUACGGGAGUCACCGGUCACCAGGGGGAAGGAGGAUGUAGAGGCACAGCGAGAGGUACUGGGGUGUGUUGCCAGUCCGUUCCUGAUCCCCGCGUAGGGCCAGUGGUGUGUGUCCCCAGUACGGUCCGGCUUGUUCCUGUCCCUCGCACCAAGCCUGUGGUGCGCGUCGCCAGCCCGGUCCGGCCUGUUUCUGCCCCUCGCACCAAGCCAGUGGUGCGCGUCGCCAGCCCGGUCCGGCCCGUUCCUGCUUCCCGCACCAAGCCAGUGGUGCGCGUCGUCAGCCCGGUUCGGCCCGUCCCUGCUCCCCGCACCAAGCCUGUGGUGCGCGUCGUUAGCCCGGUCCGGCCUGUUCCUGCUCCCCGCACCAAGCCAGUGGUGCGCUUCGUCAGCCCGGUUCGGCCCGUCCCUUCUCCCCGCACCAAGCCAAUGGUGCGCGUCGUCAGCCCGGUCCGGCCUGUUCCUGCUCCCCGCACCAAGCCAGUGGUGCGCUUCGUCAGCCCGGUUCGGCCCGUCCCUGCUCCCCGCACCAAGCCUGUGGUGCGCGUCGUCAGUCCGGCACAGCCCGUGCCUGUUCCACCGGUGCCUGGUCCGGCACCGGUCAGCUGCUCCACUCCGGAGCUAGAGCAAUCCGCUCCACAAGUGUUCAGUCCAGCUCCGGCCAGCAGGGCCAGACCGGACCAGGGGCGCUUUGGGGGGUUAGAGAGGGAGUGGGGGUCAUGCCCGGAGCCGGAACCGCCUCUGAGGAGGAAUGCCCACCCGGCCCUCCCCUGUUCGGUUUAUGUUUGGCGCGUUUGCAGUCCGCGCCUUUGGGGGGGGGGGGGGGGUACUGUCACGCCCUGGCUCUGGGACUCUGUUAUGUUGAGCCAGGGUGUGUUGUUUCUAUGUGUUUUGUGUGCUAGGGUGAUUAUCUAGCUGAUGUGUUUUCUAUGUUGGCCGGUGUGGUUCUCAAUCAGAGGCAACGUGAAUCAGCUGUUGAUUGUUGUCUCAGCCUGUUUUGCCACAGUGUUUGUGGGAUCUUGUUCCGUUUGGUUUGUGUAACCGUAGGACUUCACGUUUCGUAUCGUUUGUUGUUUUGUUCGUGUGGUGACUCUAAUAAAAGAAGUAUGUUCACUUAUCACGCUUCGCAUUGGUCCACUUCUAUCGACGAUCGUGACAUAAAUUGUUUUUUUCCCUCAUCAAUCUACACACAAUACCCCAUAAUGACAAAACAAAAACAGGUUUUCAGAAGGAAAAAAAAGAAGAAAGAAAUGAAAUAUCAUAUUUACAUAAUAAGUAUUCAGACCCUUUACUCAGUACUUUGUUGAAGCACCUUUGGCAGCGAUUACAGUCUCGGGUCUUCUUGGGUAUGACGCUACAAGCUUGGCACACCUGUAUUUGGGGAGUUUCACCCAUUCUUCUCUGCAGAUCCUCUCAAGCUCUGUCAGGUUGGAUGGGAAGUGUCGCUGCACAGCUAUUUUCAGGUCUCUCCAGAGAUGUUCGAUUGGGUUCAAGUCCGGGCUCUGGCUGGGCCACUCAAGGACAUUCAGAGACUUGUCCCGAAGCCACUCCUGCGUUGUCUUGGCUGUGUGCUUAGGUCAUUGUCCUUUUUGAAGGUGAACCUUCGCCCCAGUCUGAGGUCCUGAGUGCUCUGGACCAGGUUUUCAUCAAGGAUCAUCUUUCCCGCAAUCCUGACUAGUCUACCAGUCCCUGCCGCUAAAAAACAUCCCCACAGCAUGAUGCUGCCACAACCAUGCUUCACCGUAGGGAUGGUGCCAGGUUUCUUCCAGACGUGACGCUUGGCAUUCAGGCCGAAGAGUUCAAUCUUGGUUUCAUCAGACCAGAGAAUCUUGUUUCUCAUGGUCUGAGAGUCUUUAAGUGCCUUUUGGUAAACUCCAAGCAGGCUAUCAUGUGCCUUUUACUGAGUGAGGAGUGCCUUCCUUCUGCCCUCUACCAUAAAGGCCUGAUUGGUGGAGUGCUACAGAGAUGGCAAAGGAACAACAGCAAAGGACCUUGAAGAUGCUGGAAGAAAGAGGUACAAAAGUAUCUAUAUCCACAGUAAAACAAGUUCUAUAUCGACAUAACCUGAAAGGCCGCUCAGCAAGGAAGAAGCCACUGCUCCAAAACCGCCAUAAAAAAGCCAGACUACGGUUUGCAACUGCACAUGGGGACAAAGAUCAUACUUUUUGGAGAAAUGUCCUCUGGUCUGAUGAAACAAAAAUAGAACUGUUUGGCCAUAAUGACCAUCGUUAUGUUUGGAGGAAAAAGGGGGCGGCUUGCAAGCCGAAGAACACCAUCCCAACCGUGAAGCACGGGGGUGGCAGCAUCAUGCUGUGGGGGUGCUUUGCUGCAGGAGGGACUGGUGCACUUCACAAAAUAGAUGGCAUCAUGAGGAAGGAAAAUGAUGUGGAUAUAUUGAAACAACAUCUCAAGACAUCAGUCAGGAAGUUAAAGCUUGGUCGCAAAUGGGUCUUCCAAAUGGACAGUUACCAUAAGCAUACUUCCAAAGUUGUGGCAUCGCAAAGCCAUCACAAAGCCCUGACCUCAAUCCUAUAGAAAAUGUGUGGGCAGAACUGAAAAAGCGUGUGUGAGCAAGGAGGCCUACAAACCUGACUCAGUUACACCAGCUCUGUCAGGAGGAAUGGGCCAAAAUUCACCCGACUUAUUGUGGGAAGCUUGUGGAAGGCUAUCCAAAACGUUUGACCGAAGUUAAACAAUUUAAAGGCAAUGCUACCAAAUACUAAUUGAGUGUAUGUAAACUUCUGACCUACUGGGAAUGUGAUGAAAUAAAUAAACGCUGAAAUAAAUCAUUCUCUCUACUAUUAUUCUGACAUUUCACAUUCUUAAAAUAAAGUGGUGAUCCUAACUGACCUAAGACAGGGCAUUUUUACUAGGAUUAAAUGUCAGGAAUUGUGAAAAACUGAGUUUAAAUAUAUUUGGCUAAGGUGUAUGUAAACUUCCGACUUCAACUGUAUGUAUUAUCAUCAUCCAUCUAUCACCACCAUGCUAAGGAUCAUUUAUAUAACUGUAAAAGAUCAUCAGAGAGAACCAUAAUGCUGAAUAAUUGCCUUUCAUUCACAGACAAUAGCUGAUAUACAGCCCUUUAGAGCCUUAGGUUUGUUUCCACAGGUGGUCUAGUUCUCACCUUAUCCUAGUAAGCUAUUUUUGGAGUGUUUCCUCCACCACAGGUUAACAAGACGUUGUGCCAGUUGGUUCCUCUUGUUUGUUGGAGAUUUUUGGGCCAACAAAUAGGCCCCCAUGUAUUGUAGGCUUGUUACCGCCAUCACAAUCUCAACAUCCCGAACAGAUCAAUCUAGACAAGGAUGUUUUCGGUGCACGUAGAAGCUCUAUUUGUUGUCAUCCAUCUCACCAAAGUGUUAUUUGCAAACAACCACACAAUAGGCCUUGUGUAAAUAGGCCGCAAUUAACUGCUGUUUCAACAGUUUGAAAUGGAAAUGUUCUGAAUGGAGUGUAGCUUGACUGCCAUAUUGAUUGGUUGUUUGUUUAGCUCAUUCCAGUACCCCCCCCCCCCCCCCGCUGUUUUCUUUAAGGCUGACUAACUCCGUUUAUUCAGAGGGCCGAUGACAUUAACCAGGGCUUUGUUACAUGGCCUAAACCGUAAAGGCCUUUUGCAUUCGUUCAUUCACCUGCGUUGCUUUCCUCUCCUCUCCUGCCCUCACCUUUAAAACCAAUGACGGGGGCAAUGCAAAAAAAAGUACCCAAUGUCAAAGGGAAAGGUUUGUUGUUUAUAAAAAGCUACCCUUUUCAUUUGAAGGCCUCUCUCUGUGUGUGUCGGUGCACACACGCAGCCACGCUGCAUUUUUCAUUUUCCCUUCUCCCCCCUUUUGUUCGCCUUUAUGAUGGAGAGAGAGAGACCCAGGGUAGGCAGACAGGCUGUCUCUCCCUCGCUUAUGUAACGUUUCUCCGAAUUAUAAGCCCAGGAAGCGCUAAGUAGGCCAGCCCUGGGUGACCUAGAUAUGCACGAACAUGGGCUGAGCUAGGAAGAUUAGAGUGGAAGAGAUGGGGAGCCUGACACCCUGUUGCCUCUGUGAUGAACAUAGAGGGGUCUGUCCACUCCAAACAAGCAGUGUUUGGUUUGUUUUCCCUUACCAAUGAACACCGGAGGGGUUUGGAUAUCACUAUGGAAAGAGAUGAACUCCCGAUGGGUUUUCAUUUCACUUUACUAGGCUGGGCAGGUGGGCCCCUGGGACUCGCAGCUCAGCACCACUCAUGUAAAUUGUGAACCCAAUGAUCCAAUGUUGAUCCAAUGUUCUGUAUUACUGUUCCAGUUUACACUGGCUUGUGGUUAAUCUAAUAAUGACAUUCACUCGAUCAAAUGGUUAAUUGUCUGUGAGCGAAAGACCAAGAACAUUGUCUGGUACAUGGAAAAGGGAAUUCAAUCCAAGGACCCAAUUGCUCUCUCGCCAGUGUUGAAAUUAUAAUUGCGUUUCAGAUGUUUGCAAUGUGUUUUAUCACGUCAUCUGCUUCUGUCUGUCAUUGACAUUGGCAUUUAUAUUUGAAUAGGUGAGUCAUCUCUAAGGUAGGACUUUGAAUUUAAAGGGAAAUGAAGGAUCAGUUUGACUAUGCGUUUGCACCAGUGCAAAAUCUGAUGUAACAAGGCAGUGCUAACAAGUAAAAUAUGGGUUAAAUAGGAAUAAGACAUUAAAGUGACAUUAAACUUAAAAAUCACAUGUUUUCAGACCUCAAAAGUAGUUUGAUGUUAAGAUGAGCCCACGUCUCAGACCAUCUGUUUUGUAGAUCCAGCAAAAUUCCACAAUCUCUAAAACGAAUGGAAAAGAUAGGCAACGUGCAAUUUCCAGAUUUGCGGGGUUUAUCUAAUCCACGCAUUUGGGGUGAAGGCAUGUAGCUGGAUCCACACAACCGAUGGCGUGUGAUGUGGACUCAUAUUUACAUUAUACUACUUUGGACGUCUGAAAAAGUCGGACAAAUUUAGAUUCUGUUGUUUAGAUUCCUGUAUAUAAUCUCCCUUAAAAGUAAUUGUAAACAAACAGUUUAGUGGAUUAGUUUAGCUUUGUUUUUUUCUGUUUUAUCCCGUUCUGUAAAUAAGCAGUGCAAUUGCUUAGGAUGCUAUUAAAUCAGUCAAACACAAUGUCUGAUUGUGUUGCAUGAAUGCACAAUUAGGUUAAUUUCCUCAGCAAAACAAAGUUUUGAAGUGUGAAACAGAAACAAACUAAACUGCAUUUCAUGAUUCUUUUCAGUCAAACAUUCUUUCUUGCUGUACAGGAAGAAAUUGUGUUUGACUUAUUCUAACAAAGAAGUUAUGUUAUGAUUUAAUCAGUCCUUAAAGGGGAAAUCUGGGAUUGUUACAUCAAUUUUUUGACUUUUAAAUUAAUGAUUCUUGAAGAAUAUAACUUGAAUUUAUAAUAAUAUAAUAUCAGGUUAGUUCAACUGUUUUACCCAGAACUGAAAAAUAUUAUUGUUUUACUCCAUUGUUUGUAAACAAUGUUAUUGUAAACAAACAGUAUAGGGCCUCAAAACAAGGUAAAAAUGAUCAUUUUGAUCUCAUGGAUGGUCAGUCCUUGCAUCCAUAGCUCUGUCUAUAAAUUUAAGGUUGGGUACAUUUUUCCAGCCCCAUCACUCAGCUGAUUACCAAAACAGUGGUGGCACUGGCGGGGUGCCUGUUUUGUUGUUGUUUGAACCGCAGAUUGCCCCUUUGUCUAUAGCCGUGUACUUCAAUUGAAACAGACGUGAGCAAAGUGAUCAGGCUGGUUUACAAGGCUAAUGUGUCACGGCCUCAAUCUAACAAACACUAAAAUGUCCUGUACGUUGUGUUCUCUAACCCCAGCCGCGUUCUGUCUCCCUUAGCGUGGGUUCACAACUGUCAAUAUAAUUAAAUGUGUUUGCCAAGAGGCGCGAUCUACGAUGAGUCAUAACUAGGCUACUUCCCCUUUUGAGCUCCAUCUAUACCCUCACUGUGUUUAACUCCCUGAGUAGGUGUGCUGGAGAGGUACACUAUAUAUACAAAAGUAUGUGGACACCCCUUCAAAUUAGUGGAUUCGGCUAUUUCAGCCACACCCGUUGCUGACAGGUGUAUAAAAUCGAGCACACCGCCAUGCAAUCUCCAUAGACAAACAUUGGCAGUAGAAUGGCCUUACUGAAGCUCGCAGUGAUUUACAACACGGCACCAUCAUCUGUAAAUGCUGUUAUUGUGAAGUGGAAAUGUCUAGGAGCAACAACAGCUCAGCCGCGAAGUCUGUCCUCGGUUGUAACACUCCCUACCGAGUUCCAAAUUGUCUCUGGAAGCAAUGUCAGCACAAUAACUGUUCGUUGGGAGCUUCCUGCCGUAGGUGGAGUAAGCGUUCACCUCCAUCUCUGCCCUUUGGUGGAUGGUCGAAGACCCCCCUGAACAGAGCCAUGAACCCCUCAUACGAAUCCAGCUCCUCCUCUCUCCCAGAUGGCCGUAGCCCACUCCAACGCCCGUCCAGUCAGCAGGGAAAUAACCAUGGCAACCUUAGACCUCUCGGUGGUGGGGGCUCCCAUCUGAUGAGCGAAAUAGAGGGAGCUGGAGUAGGAAGCCACAGCAUUUUGAUGGUCCCAUCGUAUUUGUCCGGGAGGGACAAACGGACCUCGCUGACCUGGACGGACUGCUGGAUGGGCUGGGAUGCUGGGUCGACACGUAGGAGAGAAUCCUCCGCCCGAGGGAAGUAACGUCGAGACGUUGAAGAACGCGGAGGACCUCAUCCAUAGCCGCCCCCAGUUGAGCCAGCUGGUCGUGGUGUUGGCGAAUAGGUCUCCCUGUUGGCUGACCAUCAGGGAGAUGCCUUGAUCAACUGCUGCUUCCAUGUGGUGAGGCGUUGUUCUGUGAUGUAGACGCAGGGAGUGAGGAAGCCGGUGCAGUUGGAGAGUUUAAUAUUAACUCACACGUAACGAUACAAUAACAAGGAAUGCGUCUGAACAUGGAAACCGAGACAAUAAUCCCUGAUGGGAAAUAACAACAAAGUGCUAUAUACACACUACCAGUCAAAAGUUUUAGAACACUUACUCAUUCAAGGGUUUUUCUUUAUUUUUAAAUUUUUUUACAUUGUAGAAUAAUAGUGAAGACAUCAAAACUAUGAAAUAACACAUAUGGAAUCAUGUAGUAACCAAAGAAGUGUUAAACAAAUCCAAAUAUAUUUGAGAUUCUUCAAAUAGACACCCUUUGCCUUGAUGACAGCUUUGCACACUCUUGGCAUUCUCUCAACCAGCUUCAUGCAUUUCAAUUAACAGGUGUGCCUUCUUAAAAGAUAAUUUGUGGAAUUUCUUUCCUCCUUAAUGCGUUUGAGCCAAUCAGUCGUGUUGUGACAAGGUAAGGGGGGUAUACAGAAGAUAGCCCUAUUUGGUAAAAGACCAAGUCCAUAUUAUGGCGAGAACCGCUCAAAUAAGCAAAGAGAAACGACAGUCAAAUGAAAUCAAUCAAAUUUUAUUGGUCACAUACACGUGUUAAGCAGAUGUUAUUGCGGGUGUAGCGAAAUGCUUGUGCUUCUACCUCCGACACUGCAGUAAUAUCUAACAAGUAAUAUCUAACAAUUUCACAAAAUAUACCCAAUACACACAAAUCUAAGUAAGGAAUUCAUUAAGAAUAUAUACAUAUAUGGACAAGCGAUGUCAAAGCGGCAUUGAUGGCGCGGGAGAAGAUGACUGCCGUUUUACAGCCCUCUAACCAAUUGUACUAUUAAGUGUGUUUUUUUGCGUUAUUUGUAAUGUAUUUUGUACAUAAUGUUUCUGCCAUCGUCUCUUAUAACCAAAAAGAGCUUCUGGAUAUCAGGACAGCGAUUACUCACCUCGUAUUGGACGAAGAUUUUUUCUUCAACGAGUCGGACGCGAAGGAUUUCCUACAGACACCCGACAAGGCCCAAAUCCCUGUCAUUCACAGGAAAAAGAGACUGAGAUAUCGUCGACGUAGGUCGGGGUGCCUUGUAAGGAUCCGACGGCGAGCGAGUAAACUGCCUCUUCCAUCAAUCCUAUUAGCCAAUCUUCAAUCAUUUGAAAAUAAAUUAGAUGACCUAAGUUUACGAUUAUCCUACCAACGGGAUAUUAAAAACUGUAAUAUCUUAUGUUUCACGAAGUUGUGGCUGAACGACGACAUGGACAACAUACAGCUAGCGGGCUAUACGCUAUAUCGGCAGGAUAGAACGGCUGACUCCGGUAAGACAAGGGGUGGCGGUCUGUGGAUAUUUGUAAACAACAGCUGGUGCACAAAAUCAAAUACUAAGGAAGUCUCGAGGUUUUGCUUGCCUGAGGUAGAGUAUCUUAUGAUAAGCUGUAGACCACACUAUUUACCAAGAGAGUUUUCAUCUAUAUUUUUCAUAGCUGUCUAUUUACCACCACAAACCAAUGCUGGCAUUAAGAUUGCACUCAAUGAGCUGUAUAAGGCCAUAACUAAACAUGAAAAUGCUCAUCCAGAGGCAGCGCUCCUAGUGGCUGGGGACUUUAAUGCAGGGAAACUUAAAUGCAGAGACACAUACAAAGCUGACCAUUACUCUAUCCUCCUGAUUCCUGCUUAUAAGCAAAAACUAAAGCAGGAAGCACCAGUGACUUGGUUAAUAAAAAAGUGGUCAGAUGACGCAGAUGCUAAGCUACAGGACUGUUUUGCUAGCACAGACUGGAGCAUGUUCCGGGAUUCUUUAGAUAGCAUUGAGGAGUACACCACAUCAGUCACUGGCUUCAUCAAUAAGUGCAUCGAUGACGUCGUCCCCACAGUGACCGUACGUACAUACCCCAACCAGAAGCCAUGGAUUACAGGCAACAUCCGCACUGAGCUAAAGGCUAGAGCUGCCGCUUUCAAGGAGCGGGACUCUAACCCGGACGCUUAUAAGAAAUCCCGCUAUGCCCUCCGACAAACCAUCAAACAGGCAAAGAGUCAAUACAGGACUAAGAUUGAAUCGUACGACACCGGCUCUGACGCUCGUCGGAUGUGGCAAGGCUUGAAAACUAUUACAGACUACAAAGGGAAGCACAGCCGCGAGCUGCCCAGUGACACAAGCCUACCAGACGAGCUAAACCACUUCUAUGCUCGCUUCGAGGCAAGCAACACUGAAACAUGCAUGAGAGCACCAGCUGUUCCGGAUGACUAUGUGAUCACGCUCUCCGUAGCCGAUGUGAGUAAGACUUUUAAGCAGGUCAACAUUCACAAGGCCGCAGAGCCAGACGGAUUACCAGGACUUGUACUCCGAGCAUGUGCUGACCAACUGGCAAGUGUCUUCACCAACAUUUUCAACAUGUCCCUGACUGAGUCUGUAAUACCAACAUGUUUCAAGCAGACCACCAUAGUCCCCGUGCCCAAGGACACUAAGAUAACCUGCCUAAAUGACUACCGACCCGUAGCACUGACGUCUGUAGCCAUGAAGUGCUUUGAAAGGCUGGUCAUGGCUCACAUCAACAGCAUUAUCCCAGAAACCCUAGACCACAGGUGUCAAGCUCAUUCCCCGGAGGGCCGAGUGUCUGCAGGUUUUCACUCCUCUCUUGUACUUGAUUGAUGAAUUAAGGUCACUAAUUAGGAAGGAACUCCCCUCACCUGGUUGUCUUGGGCUUAAUUGAAAGGAAAAACCAAAAACCUGCAGACACUAGGCCCUCCAUGGAAUGAGUUUGACACCCCUGCCCUAGACCCACUCAAUUUGCAUACCGCCCCAACAGAUCCUCAGAUGAUGCAAUCUCUAUUGCACUCCACACUGCCCUUUCCCACCUGGACAAGAGGAACACCUACGUGAGAAUGCUAUUCAUUGACUACAGCUCAGCGUUCAACACCAUAGUGCCCUCAAAGCCCAUCACUAAGCUAAGGAUCCUGGGACUAAACACCUCCCUCUGCAACUGGAUCCUGGACUUCCUGACAGGCCGCCCCCAGGUGGUAAGGGUAGGUAACAACACAUCUGCCACACUGAUCCUCAACACGGGGGCCCCUCAGGGGUGCGUGCUCAGUCCCCUCCUGUACUCCCUGUUCACCCAUGACUGCAUGGCAAGGCACGACUCCAACACCAUCAUUAAGUUUGCCGACGACACAACAGUGGUAGGCCUGAUCACCGACAACGAUGAGACAGUCUAUAGGGAGGAGGUCAGACACCUGGCCGUGUGGUGCCAGGAUAACAACCUCUCCCUCAACGUGACCAAGACAAAGGAGAUGAUUGUGGACUACAGGAAAAUAAAGAGGACUGAGCAUGUCCCCAUUCUCAUCGACGGGGCUGUAGUGGAGCAGGUUGAGAGCUUCAAGUUCCUUGGUGUCCACAUCACCAACGAACUAUCAUGGUCCAAACACACCAAGACAGUCGUGAAGAGGGCACGACAAAGCCUAUUCCCCCUCAGGAGACCUGAAAAGAUUUGGCAUGGGUCCUCAGAUCCUCAAAAAGUUCUACAGCUGCACCAUCGAGAGCAUCCUGACUGGUUGCAUCACCGCCUGGUAUGGCAACUGCUCGGCCUCCGACCGCAAGGCACUACAGAGGGUAGUGCGUACGGCCCAGUACAUCACUGGGGCCAAGCUUCCUGCCAUCCAGGACCUCUAUACCAGGCGGUGUCAGAGGAAGGCCCUCAAAAUUGUCAAAGACUCCAGCCACCCUAGUCAUAGACUGUUCUCUCUGCUACCGCACGGCAAGCGGUACCGGAGCGCCAUGUACCAAAUUCUUAUUUCCCUCAUUAAAAUGCGAAUCAAUUUAUAACAUUUUUGACAUGCAUUUUUCUGGAUUUUUUUGUUGUUAUUCUGUCUCUCACUGUUCAAAUAAACCUACCAUUAAAAUUAUAGACUGAUCAUGUCUUUGUCAGUGGGCAAACGUACAAAAUCAGCAGGGGAUCAAAUACUUUUUUCCCUCGCUGUAUAGGCAGCAGCCUCUAAUGUGCUACUGAUGGCUGUUUAACAGUCUGAUGGCCUUGAGAUAGAAGCUGUUUUUCAGUGUCUUGGCGCAAGCUUUGAUGCACCUGUAUUGACCUCACCUUCUGGAUGAUAGCGGGGUGAACAGGCAGUGGCUCGGGUGGUUGAUGUCUUUGAUUAUCUUUUUGGCCUUUCUGUGACAUCAGGUGCUGUAGGUGUCCUGGAGGGCAGGUAGUUUGCCCACGGUAAUGCAUUGUGCAGACCGCACCACCCUCUGGAGAGCCUUGCGGUUGCGGGCAGUGCAGUUGCCGUACCAGGCGGUGAUACAGCCCGACAGGAUGCUCUCAAUUGUGCAUCUGUAAAAGUUUGUGAGGGUUUUUCUUGACAUGAAGGGCAGUCAAUACGGAAAAUGUCAUGAACUUUGAACCAUCAAGCGCUAUGAUGAAACUGGCUCUCAUGAGGACUGCCACAGGAAAGGAAGACCCAGAGUUACCUCUGCUUCAGAGUAUAAGUUCGAGUUACCAGCCUCAGAAAUUUCAGCCCAAAUAAAUGCUUCACAGAGUUCAAGUCACAGACACAUCUCAACAUCAACUGUUCAUAGGAGACUGUGUGAAUCAGGCCUUCAUGGUCGAAUUGCUGCAAAGAAACUACUACUAAAGGAAACCAACAAGAAGAAGAGACCUGCUUUGGCCAAGAAACAUGAGCAAUGGACAUUAUACCGGUGGAAAUGUGUCCUUUGGAGAUUUUUGGUUCCAACCGCUGUGUCUUUGUGAGACGCGGUGUGGGUGAACGGAUGAUCUCCACAUGUGUAGUCCCACCGUAAAGAAUGGAGAAGGAGGUGUUAUGGUGCGGGGGUGCUUUGCUGGUGACACUGUCUGUGAUUUAUUUUGAAUUCAAGGCACACUUAACCAGCAUGGCUACCACAGCAUUCUGCAGCGAUACGCCAUCCCAUCUGAUUUGGGCUUAGUGGGACUAUAAUUUGUUUUUCAACAGGACAAUGACCCAACACACCUCCAGGCUGUGUAAGGGCUAUUUUACCAAGAAGGAGAGUGAUGCAUCAGAUGACCUGGCCUCCACAAUCCCUCGACCUCAACCCAAUUGAGAUGGUUUGGGAUGAGUCGGAGUUCCGAGUGAGGGAAAAGCAGCCAACAAGUGCUCAGCAUUUGUGGGAACUCCUUCAAGACUGUUGGAAAAGCCUUCCAAUUGAAGCUGGUUGAGAGAAUGCCAAGCGUGUUUAAAGCUGUCAUCAAGGCAAAGGGUGGCUAUUUGAAGAAUCUCUUAUUUUUUUGCACUUUUUUGGUUACAACAUGAUUCCAUAUGUGUUAUUUCACAGUUUUGAUGUCUUCACUAUUAUUCUACAAUGUAGAAAAUAGUAAAAAUAAAGAAAAACUCUUGAAUGAGUAGGUGUGUCCAAACUUUUGACUGGUACUGUAUAUGGGGAGUAAUCAGGGAAGUGAUAAGGUCCAGGUGUGCUUGAUAAUGAGGUGCAGGUAAUAAAAGGUUGCCAGGACCGGUGGUUAGUAAACCGGCGACGUCGAACGCCGGAGGGGUGGAGCAUGAGUAGACAUGAUAGCAUGUGACAAAUAAAAUGUGAUUUUUAAAUUUGAUUUCAUCUUAGGUCGCACACUCGCUGAAAUGCCGGCAUAACUUUAAGCCCCAUCCUAAUUCUUCUCUUACACCUCAGCUUCCAGCGUCGAGUUAUUUUGCGCCCCCCGCUAAUCCACUAGUCCACUGUGUCUGCAUCACUUGCAGGUCAGAUACAGUGCCUUCAGAAAGUAUUCACACCCCUUGACUUUUUCCACAUUUUGUUGCGUUACAGCCCGAAUUUAAAAUAGUUAAAAUAUAUAUUUUUGGUCAAUGGCUUACACACAAUAUCCCAUAAUGUCCAAGUGGAAUUAUGUUUUUUGACAUUUUUACAAAUUGAUUAAAAUUAAAUAGCUGAAAUGUCUUCAGUCAAUAAGUAUUCAACCCCUUUUGUUAUGAAAAGCCAAAAUAAGUUCAGGAGUAAAAAUGUUCUUAACAAGUCACAUAAUAAGUUGCAUGGACUCACUCUGUGUGCAAUAAUUGUGUUUAACAUGAUUUUUUAAUGACUACCUCAUCUCUGUACCCCACACAUACAAUUAUCAGUAAGGUCCCUCAGUUGAGCAGAUUCAAACACUAAGACCAGGGAGGUUUUCCAAUGUCUCACAGCGAAGGGCACCUAUUGGUAGAUGGGUAAAAAUAGCAGACAUUGAAUAUCCCUUUGAGCAUGGUGAAGUUACUAAUUACACUUUGGAUGGUGUAUCAAUACAUCCAGUCACUAUAAAGAUACAGGCGUCCUUCCUAACUCAGUUGCUGGAGAGGAAGGAAACCGCUCAGUAAUUUCACCAUGAGGCCAGUGGUGACUUUAAAACAGUUACAGAGUUUAAUUGCUGUGAUAGGAGAAAACGGAGGAUGGAUCAACAACAUUGUAGUUACUCCACUAUACUAACCUAAUUGAUAGAGUGAAAAAAACAUGUAUCCUGUUUGCAACAAGGCACUAAACCAAUACUGCAAAAUAAUUGGCAAAGCAAUUUACUUUUUGUCCUGAAUACAAAGUGUUAUGUUUGGGGAAAAUCCAGUACAACACAUUACUGAGUAUCACUUUCCAUAUUUUCAAGCAUAGUGGUGGCUGCAUCAUGUUAUGGGUAUGCUUGUAAUUGUUAAGGACUGGGGAGUUUUUCAGGAUAAAAAAAUAAACUGAAUGGAGCUAAGCACAGGCAAAAUCCUAGAGGAAAACCUGGUUCAGUCUGCUUUCCACCAGACUCUGGGAGAUCAAUUAACCUAAAACACAAAGCCAAAUCUAUGCUGGAGUUGCUUACCAAGAAGAUAGUGAAUUUUCCUGAGUGGCGGAGUUACAGUUUUGACUUAAAUCUACUUGAAAAUAUAUGGCAAGACCUGAAAAUGGUUGUCUAGCAAUGAUCAACAACCAAUUUGACAGAGCUUGAAGAAUUUUGAAAAGUAUAAUGGGACAUUUUGAAAGUCGCUCUGGAUAAGAGCGUCUGCUAAAUGACGUAAAUGUAAAUGUAAUUUUGCACAAUCCAGGUGUGCAAAGCUCUGAGACUUAACCAGAAAGACUCACAGCUGUAAACGCUGCCAAAGGUGCUUCUACAAAGUAUUGUGAAUAUUUAUGUAAAUGAGAUAUUUCAAUACAUUUGCAAAAAAUUCUAAAAACAUGUUUUCACUUUGUCAUUAUGGGGUAUUGUGUGUAGAUGGGUGAAAAAAAAAUAUAUUUAAUACAUUUUGAAUUCAGGCCGUCACAACAAUGUGGAAUAAGUCAAGGGGUAUGAAUACUUUCUGAAGGCACUGUACACAACAUACAAGCAUCAAACCUAAUGCUACUUCUCAUAUCCGCUGAAUGAAGACGUAGCCUACUGAAUAUUGAUAACAUGUUUUCACUUUGUCAUUAUGGGGUAUUGUGUGUAGAUGUGUGUAUAUUUGAAUUCAGGCUGUAACACAACAAAAGUCAAGGGGUAUGAAUACUUUCUCAAGGCACUGUGUCAAAUGUCUUGUUGUUUAUAUAAGCAGUGAACUCCGUGUGUCGUACCAAGGAGGUAUUAGAUCUGUAACUUGCGUUAUGAUACAAUAGCUUGUGCAACAUCUGAAGAAGUUUGCCAGACUUCGACCAAACCUUUUUUUUAAGAAAUAAGAAAAAAGCUUGGUAGUUUGAUUCAUUGUUUGUUUUAUCUGACAGGGUGAAAGCAGAUAUGAGUUGGAGCUGCUGCCCCACCUCCACAAAGCAGACGUCGUCGGCCUCACGGAGGAAGCACAGCAGGAAAAGUCCACCAAAGGAAUGAAGCAGAAAGAGGGCAAAAUGACAAAAGCCAGAACCAAAACGGCCAGCCUGAGCCACAAGCAGAGGACUUCCUGCCUUUCCUCAGCUGACCUAGACCGUGUCGAACUCGAAAAGGAAGUGCUGACGGAGAGCGUUUCUAAAGCAGAGACGACCUUAGUCUCUCCAUGGACCCUGAUAAAGGACAGAGUCUCUUCAGAAUGUCGCACAGAGGUGACUCAUGACCUCAGAGAUCACCCAGGCCCCUGGCCACUCCCCUCCACCGGUGACCAGCCAAUCAUGGACAUGGAUUUUGACUGUAUCAUGCUCGACAACGAGAGUGAAAGUUCAGAGGUCAAUUCUCCAAGGGAUUUGGUCAGCGAAUCAGUGAACUGCAUUGCUGCUAUAGAACAGAUUGACCUCAAUCAGUUGACCUCAAUUGCAGACCGUGAACCCAAGUCAGAUGAAGACUCUGAACUGGAGGCUUUGUUUUACUUGCCCAAAUGGGGCAAUGCUGUCCCCAAGUUGCAGCCCCUGAGACAGAGGUUAGAGAGCUUGAGGGUCAUUCAAGUCAACGUGACAGAGCUUCUGUCUAGGUCACCUCCAGCUUUGCACUUUGACCUGGACAGCCCUCAGUUUGACCCUGGGCCCACCCCCUUCAACACCAAGGACCGUUCACAUACACUUCCGGUUGAACCUCUGGAUGAACUGCUGAAUGAGGGUCACCCAUUCCAGGUUAAUUUCUCCCUGGAAGUGGAUGAGGACUUUGCCGAUUCUGCUUCUCAAUCUCCCAAUGUUGAUUUAGACAUUGGUUCUCCAGACUGUGAAAGCCAUUGCGAACCACCUCAUCAGCAGCACUCCCCUUCUUCACCCAUUACUGUGCUAGCAGACAGCAUGGGUAGGGAAAGUGCCAUUGGCAGCCCUAGCUGGGAUGAGGUUUUCGAGGAUGACGGCAAUGACAUGAUGGAUGAUGAUAUGGAUGACAAAGCAGACUUCGAAACACCAUGUCAUCCCACUCAGCCUAAAGCCCAGCACUCUAAAACCAGCCUGGACGAGAGCAUGGACCUGUUUGGAGAUGACGAUGCCUUCCUCCAGAUGACCAUCCCAGACAUCCCUACGCCAGAGAACGUCAGUAUCCGAACACCUAGCCCCCUGAAGGCUCCGGAGAGGGAAGAGUCAAUAGGGUCAAGUAAAAGUGUGACAGAAACAAAGAUGGCGGAUCAGGUCAAACCUAGCCGUAGCCAUGCUUCUCCUGUAGCACAGCAGGAGCCUGCUCAGGACAUUGAGAACUUUGACUGUUCUCAGGAUUUCUUCUCUGUCAACUUUGACCUGAGCUGGGAGGAGGAGGAAGGGGUCUCAGAGGCUGCUCCUGCUCCUGUCCCCUCCGAACCUUCACCCCCUAGGCCCAAAAAGCAGGAAGCACCUCCUCCCUCCUCAGGGAAUGGGCCGAAAAGCUCUGGCUCGUCCACUCCCCCCUUUAGAUUCCAUGGGAAGAGCAUGUCCACACCCUUGGCAGCCUGUCCGGGAGGGAAGAGGGCAGACACUUCUGCUCUGGCUUCGCCUCUGACCUCCAAGAGCGGAGCUCUGUUCUCACCAAUCCUCACAUUAGGACCGAGACGAGCUCUCCUGCCUGGUCCUUCCACCACCCCAUCCACUUCGUUCUCAUUCUUAAAGAGGAAACGCCAGGGGGCCUUACAGAAUGCCUGGACUCCCAAAGCUCAGGCGGGGCCCCCAGGAAAUGGUUCAAUCGAGAUGGGACACAGUUUGUCUCACAUAUACAUCUUGGACCCCCCUCAUCCAGGUUAGUUCACUCCAACUAUCACAUGUGCUUGAUGUCAAUGUGUCCCCUAGUUUCCCAUUCACAAAAAUCUAAACCACCUUGUUAAUAUGUAUACCUGGUCGAGAAAUUAGCAGUUGUUCUGACAAUCUGACCUACACAUCUCAUCAAGGUAGCACAGACUGAGCGAUAGGUCAGAUUGGUACUGCUUUGCGUUGACUAUUUUUGCCUGUGAGUGGGUAGGCUCUUCAGGCAUGUGCACCAGUGACAGUGAGGAGGAGGUUAUCACCCGUAAGCGGGGCCAUCAUCAGGUCAAUGCCAACCCCUUGUCUUCUCCAGUGGUGAGUCCCAAUUACCUACUUUUUCAACGAUAUAGUAAGCCUUCAGUUAUCCAUCUUCAUUCUGUCAAACAUAACCACCAAAUGUAGGUCUGGCAAACUGCUACCUGCACUAGGUCUCUAAUUCUAGUCAUGUCAUGGUGUUAAUGUUUAUUUUCUAACUGAUGUAUACUGAACAAAAAUAUAAACACAACAUGUAAAGUGUUGGUCCCAUGUUUCAUGAGCUGAAAUAAAAGAGCCCAGUAAUGUUCUAUAUGCGUAAAAAGCUUAUUUCUCGCAAAUGUUGUUCCCAAAUGUGUUUACAUCUCUGUUAGUGAGCAGUUCUCCUGUGCCAAGAUAAUCCAUCCUCCUGACAGGUGUGGCAUAUCAAGAAGCGGAUUAAACAGCAUGAUCAUUACACAGGUGCACCUUGUGCAUUUGGCAUGCUUACUGUUUUAGAGAAUUUGGCAGUACGUCCAACCGGCCUCACAACCGCAGACCACGUGUAACCACGUCAGCCCAGGACCUCCACAUCUGGCUUCUUCACCUGCGGGAUCGCCUGAGACCAGCCACCUGGACAGCUCUCAGGGAAGCUCAUCUGCGUGCUCGUCGUCCUCACCAGGGUCAUGACCUGACUGCAGUUCUGCGUCGUAACCGACUUCAGUGGGUAAAUUUUCACCUUUGAUGGCACACUAGAGAAGUGUGCUCUUCACGGAUGAAUCCCGGGUUUCAACUGUACCGGGCAGAUAACAGACAAGUGUGUAUGGCGUCAUGUGGGCUAGCGGUUUGCUGAUGUCAAUGUUGUGAAUAGAGUGCCCCGUGGUGGUGGUGGGGUUAUGAUAUGGGCAGGCAUAAGCUACUGACAACGAACACAUGCAUUUUAUCGAUGGCAAUUUGAAUGCACAGAGAUACCGUGAGGAGAUCCUGAGGCCCAUUGUUGUGCCAGUCAUCCACUGCCAUCACCUCAUGUUUCAGCAUGAUAAUGCACGGGCCCCAUGUCACAAGGAUCUGUACACAAUUCCUGGAAGCUGAAAAUAUCCCAGUUCUUCCAUGGCCUGCAUACUCACCAGACAUGUCACCCAUUGAGCAUGUUUGGGAUGCUGUGGGUCGACGUGUAACACAGCGUGAUCCAUUUCCCGCCAAUAUCCAGCAACUUCGCACAGCCAUUGAAGAGGAGUGGGACAACAUUCCACAGGCCACAAUCAACAGCCUGAUCAACUCUAUGCAAAGGAAAUGUGUCACUCUGCAUGUGGUCACAGCAGAUACUGACUGUUUUUCUGAUCCACGCCCCUACUUUUUUAAAAAGGUAUCUGUGACGAACAGAUGCAUAUCUGUAUUUCCAUUCAUGUGAAAUGCAUAGAUUAGGGCCUGAUUUCCUUAUUUGAACUGUAACUCAGUAAAAUCUUUGAAAUUGUUGCAUAUUGUAAUGGCGCCGGAGGGGAUGGCUGCUGUUUUACGGGCUCCUAGCCAACUGUGCUAUUUAGUUAGUUUUUUCGCAUUGUUUGUAACUUAUUUUGUACAUAAUGUUGCUGCUACCGUCUCUUAUGACCAAAAAGAGCUUCUGGACAUCAGAACAGCGAUUACUCACCUCGAACAGGACGAAGAUUUUUUCUUUAAUGAGUCUGACGCGAAGGAGAUACUGCUUCCCCGAGACCAGGCCCAAAUCCCCGUCAUUCGCGUGAAGAAAAGACAGAGAUACAGGGGGUGGACGUCGGGGUGCCUUGUGAGAAUUCGUUGGCGAUUGGGGAAAACCGCCACUACCAUCCGUCCUAUUGGCCAACGUGCAAUCACUGGAAAAUAAACUGGAUGAGCUACGAUCAAGACUAUCCUACCAACGGGACAUUAAGAACUAUAAUAUCUUAUGUUUCACCAAGUUGUGGCUGAACGACAACACGGAUAAUAUAGAGCUGGCUAGGUUUUACGUGCAUCGGCACGACAGAGCAACUACGUCUGGUAAGACGAGGGGCGAGGUGUGUGUCUAUUUGUCAAUAACAGCUGGUACGCGAUGUCUAAUAUUAAAGAAGUCUCGAGGUAUUGCUCGCCUGAGGUAGUGUGGUCUACAGCUUAUCAUGAGAUACUCUAUCUACCAAGGGAGUUCUCAUCUAUAUUAUUCGUAGCUGUCUAUUUACCACCACAAACCGAUGCUGGCACUAAGACCGCACUCAACGAGCUGUAUAAGGCCAUAAGCAAACAAGAAAUGCUCAUCCAGAAGCGGCGCUCCUAGUGGCCGGGGACUUUAAUGCAGGCAAACUUGAAUCCGUUUUACCUCAUUUCUCUACCAGCAAAACUCUAGACCACCUUUACUCCACACACAGAGAGGAAUUCAAAGCUCUCCCUCGCCCUCCAUUUGGCAAAUCUGACCAUAAUUCUAUCCUCCUGGUUCCUGCUUAGAAGCAAAAACUAAAGCAGGAAGUACCAGUGACUCGCUCAAUACAGCUACAGGACUGUUUUGCUAGCACAGACUGGAAUAUGUUCCGGGAUUCAUCCAAUGGCAUUGAGGAGUAUACCACCUCAGUCACUGGCUUCAUCAAUAAGUGCAUCGAUGACGUUGUCCCCACAGUGACCGUACGUACAUAUCCAAUCCAGAAGCCAUGGAUUUCAGGCAACAUCCACACCGAGCUAAAGGCUAGAGCUGCCGCUUUCAAGGAGCGGGACACUAAUCCGGACGCUUAUAAAAAAUCCCGCUAUGCCCUCAGACGAACGAUCAAUCAGGCAAAGCGUCAAUACAGGACUAAGAUUGAGUCCUACUACACCGGCUCUGAUGCUCGUUGGAUGUGGCAGGGCUUGCAAACUAUUACGGACUACAAAGGGAAACCCAGCCGCGAGCUGCCCAAUGACGCGAGCCUACCAGACGAGCUAAAUGCCUUCUAUGCUCACUUCGAGGCAAGCAACACUGAACCAUGCAUGAAAGCAUCAGCUGGACUAAACACCUCCCUCUGCAACUGGAUCCUGGACUUCCUGACGGGCCGCCCCCAGGUGGUAAGGGUAGACAACAACACAUCUGACACGCUGAUCCUCAACACUGGGGCCCCUCAGGGGUGCGUGCUUAGUCCCCUCCUGUAGUCCCUGUUCACCCACGACUGCGUGGCCAAGCACGACUCUAACACCAUCAUUAAGUUUGCUGAUGACACAACAGUGGUAGGCCUGAUCACCGACAACGAUGAGACAGCCUAUAGGGAGGAGGUGCCAGGACAAUAACCUCUCCAUCAAUGUGAGCAAGACAAAGGAGCUGAUCGUGGACUACAGGAAAAGGAGGGCCAAACAGGCCCCCAUUAACAUCGAUGGGGCUGUAGUGGAUCAGGUUGAGAGCUUAAAGUUCCUUCGUGUCCACAUUACCAACAAACUAUCAUGGUCCAAACACACCAAGACAGUCGUGAAGAGGGCACGACAAAGCCUAUUCCCCCUCAGGAGACUGAAAAGAUUUGGCAUGGGUCCCCAGAUUCUUAAAAUGUUCUACAGCUGCACAUUCGAAAGCAACCUGACCGGUUGCAUCACAGCCUGGUAUGGCAACUGCUCGGCAUCCGACCAUAAGGCGCUACAGAGGGUAGUGCGUACGGCCCAGUACAUCACUGGGGCCAAGCUUCCUGCCAUCCAGGACCUAUAUACUAGGCGGUGUCAGAGGAAGGCCCAAAAGAUUGUCAAAGACUCCAGUCACCCAAGUCAUAGACUGUUCUCUCCGACAAGCGGUGCCAGAGCGCCAAGUCUAGGCCUAAAAGGCUCCUUAACAGCUUCUACCCACAAGCCAUAAGACUGCUGAACAAUUAAUAAAAUGGCCACCCAGAUAUAGCCUCGUUAUUGUUAUUUUAUUGUGUUACUUUUAAUUAAAUGUUGUACUUUUAGUUAUUUAGUAAAUAUUUUCUUAACUAUAUUUCUUGAACUGCAUUGUUGGUUAAGGGCUUGUAAGUAAGCAUUUCACGUUAAGGUCUACACCUGUUGUAUUCGGCACAUGUGACAUAUCAUUUGAUUUGAUGUUGCGUUUAUAUUUUUGGGCAGUGUCCAUGCAUUGAUUUGCACUACCAUCAAAACUUACAAUCAUCCAUUUCUAUUUUAUAACCUACCAUAUCUAAUUCCUGUCUUCUUAUAUUUUCCAUGCUUUAUUUGCCAUGGCUGUAGACAAUAUAUGCCCAAUUUAAGAAGUGCUCAAUAUAAUUGUAAUGAUACCAUACUGAGUUGAGAGGUCUGAUAUAACUCACUUCUCUAUGUAAGACUUGAAGCAUAGUCUGUUUCAUAGCUCUCUGUUGUCGGCAUGGCAACAGGCUCGCAGACUGCUCAUAGAAGAUCUAUUUUGUUUUAAUUUCCCAUUCAGACUGGCCUCUUUUAGGAAAGCAUCUGUUUUCUCUGAGACAACUCAGGUUUUGACAAUACAAGACUAUUCACCACACAGUUGCAUACAUGGCCUUGCCAGAGAUAAUGAAAGCCUGGGGAAAGCAUAAGUGGGUCAGAAUAGUCUCGUGGGCUUCUAACUAAAGAUUUACACUUUGCAUCUUAUGUAGAAUACCAAUGAUACAAAUGCAAAAGUGUCUGAAAAAAAGUUUUUUGUUUGAGAGAUCAUCCCUUGUGGUACCCAAGUUAAAAAUAUAUUCAAAUGAGGACUAUAAUUCUGUUCAUCCAUUCUUUGUUAUAUUUCCUCUCCCAGGCAAUGCUCCUCAGUGAUGUGGAUUCUCCUGUACAAGUGACCAGGAAGUCAAAGCAUGUAGUGGCAUGCAUUGUAAGAUAAUUACUGUAACCGCUAUCACUAAAGUAUCAUUAUCAAACUUGUCAGUUCUAGCAGCUUGUGUGUAUGGUUCUCUUCAUCUCAAUUAUAUUUUACUUACUUCAGUACAAGGUAGCAUCACAUAAAUACUUGUGGAUUACAAUGACUGUUGAACACUUUUCUUCUGACCAUCAUAAUAAAGUUAAUAUGGCUUUGACCAUGUCUUCCAAACCUCUGUUCCAGUCAGAUGAGAGCCAGGGGGAGGUGGAGGCAAUGUCUGACGAUGACUUCCAGAAUACGUCUAUUCGACAGCUAAGAGUGCCCCCACCUGUGGCUGUGAAACCAUCAGCAUCGCAUGGGAAAGCUAAGGUCAGUCAGGGGUCAAAUACUUCUCACAUAUGAGAAGUGGUGGCCAGUAGCCCAGGUCAUUUUAAGUGUCUGUUGUUGUUCAACUACCUUCUCUGUUUGUUGACGAAUUGCUCCAACCUCUCCAACCUCUGUCUGUCUGUGUCUUUUGGAGGGUUUGGGAUAAAGCAGAAGACACAUUUUUGUUGGUCAUACACUACCGGUCGAACGUUUUAGAAGACCUACUCAUUCAAGGGUUUUUCUUUCUUUUUUUAACUAUUUUCUACAUAGUAGAAUUAUAGUGAAGACAUCAAUACUAUCAAAUAACACAUAUGGAAUCAUGUAGUAACCAAAAAAGUGUUAAACAAAUCAUAAUGUAUUUUAUAUUUGAGAUUCUUCAAAUAGCCACCCUUUGCCUUGAUUGACAGCUUUGCACACACUUGGCAUUCUCUCAACCAGCUUCACCUGGAAUGCUUUUCCAACAGUCUUGAAGGAGUUCCCACAUAUGCUAAGCACUUCUUCCUUCUUGGUAAAAUAGCCCUUACACAGCCUGGAGGUGUGUUGGGUCAUUGUCCUGUUGAAAAACAAAUGAUAGUCCCACUAAGCCCAAACCAGAUGGGAUGGCAUAUCGCUGCAGAAUGCUUUGGUAGCCAUGCUGGUUAAGUGUGCCUUGAAUUCUAAAUAAAUCACAGACAGUGUCACCAGCAACGCACCCCCACACCAUAAGACCUCCUCCUCCAUGCUUUACGGUGGGAAAUACCCAUGCGGAGAUCAUCCAUUCACCCACACCGCGUCUCACAAAGACACGGCGGUUGGAACCAAAAAUCUCCAAUUUGGACUCCAGACCGAAGGACAAAUGUCCAUUGCUCGUGUUUCUUGGCCCAAGCAAGUCUCUUCUUCUUAUUGGUGUCCUUUAGUAGUGGUUUCUUUGCAGCAAUUCGACCAUGAAGGCCUGAUUCACACAGUCUCCUCUGAGAAGUUGAUGUUGAGAUACUUCAACUCUGUGAAGCAUUUAUUUGGGCAGCAAUUUGUGAGGCUGGUAACGCUAAUGAACUUAUCCUCUGCAGCAGAGGUAACUCUGGAUCUUCCAUUCAUUUACAUUUACAUUUACGUCAUUUAGCAGACGCUCUUAUCCAGAGCGACUUACAUUAUUAUUCUAUAUAUUUUUUUUUUUUUUUUUUUCAUACCCCCUGUGGGAAUCGAACCCACAACCCUGGCGUUGCAAACGCCAUGCUCUAUCAACUGAGCUACAUCCCUACCGGCCAUUCCCUCCCCUACCCUACCCUGGACGACGCUGGGCCAAUUGCGCGACGCCCCAUGGGUCUCCCGGUCACGGCCGGCUACGACAGAGCCUGGAUUCGAACCAGGAUCUCUAGUGGCACAGCUAGCACUGCGAUGCAGUGCCUUAGACCACUGCGCCACUCAGGAGACCAUUCCUGUGACGGUCCUCAUGAGAGCCAGUUUCAUCAUAGUGCUUGAUGGUUUUUGCGACUGCACUUGAAGAAACUUUCAAAGUUCUUGAAAUUGUCUUUAUUGACUGACCUUCAUGUCUUAAAGUAAUGAUGGACUGUCGUUUCUCUUUGCUUAUUUGAGCUGUUCUUGCCAUAAUAUGGACUUGGUCUUUUGUUUAACACUGCUUGGGUUACUACAUGAUUCCAUAUGUGUUAUUUCAUAGUUUUGAUGUCUUCACUAUUAUACUACAAUGUAGAAAAUAGUAAAAAUAAAGAUAAACCCUUGAAUGAGUAGGUGUUCUAAAAAUGUUGACCGGUAGUGUAUGUAUAUUGGACAAUAAAGUAAUCUUCUCCGUCCCAGCAGGUCGUGCAGCACCACCACCGAGGAGCCCGUAACUUUCUGGACGAGGAGGCGGUGCUGUCCGAGGAGGGGGAGGUGUCGUCUGAUGAAGAGGAUGGUGAAGAGCAGAACCAGUCACUGGAGGGCUUCGUCGUGAGCAACACCCAGUGCUCCCAGGGAAUCAAUGGUGAGUGGGACAAAUAUAAUAAUUUUAACAACAAUAUGGGUUUUAUACAGCGCUUGUCAUGGACCCAAAGUCUCUUGUUAUGUUAUACAGUUGUUAUACAGGUAGUCACAUAUUAUACAGUUCAUUCACUAGGCACGAAAUAGAAGAAAGUGUUUCUAAAACAGGGAGAUAUCUAAUAAGAAAUGCUCAGUUUCAUUCAUGUACAGUGCCUUGCAAAAGUAUUCAUCCCCCUUGGCGUUUUUCCUAUUUUGUUUCUUUACAACCUGUAAUUUAAAUUGAUUUUUGUUUGGAUUUCAUGUAAUGGACAUACACAAAAUAGUCCAAAUUGGUGAAGUGAAAUGAAAAAAAUAACUUGUUUCAAAAAAAUUCUACAAGAUAAAAAGGAAAAGUGGUGCGUGCAUAUGUAUUCACCCCCUUUGUUAUGAAGCCCCGAAAAUAAGAUCUGGUGCAACCAAUUACCUUCAGAAGUCACAUAAUUAGUUAAAUAAAGUCCACCUGUGUGCAAUCUAAGUGUCACAUGAUCAGUCACGUGAUCUCAGUAUAUAUACACCUGUUCUCAAAGGCCCCAGAGUCUGCAACACCACUAAGCAAGGGGCACCACCACUAAGCAAGGGGCACCACCAAGCAAGCGGCACCAUGAAGACCAAGGACCUCUCCAAACAGGUCAGGGACAAAGUUGUGGAGAAGUACAAAUCAGGGUUGGGUUAUAAAGAAAUAUCUGAAACUUUGAACAUCCCACGGAGCACCAUUUAAAUCCAUUAUUAAAAAAUGGAAAGAAUAUGGCACCACAACAAACCUGCCAAGAGAGGGCCGCCCACCAAAACUCACGGACCAGGCAAGGAGGGCAUUAAUCAGAGAGGCAACAAAGAGACCAAAGAUAACCCUGAAGGAGCUGCAAAGCUCCACAGCGGAGAUUGGAGUAUCUGUCCAUAGGACCACUUUAAGCCGUACACUCCACAGAGCUGGGCUUUACGGAAGAGUGGCCAGAAAAAAGCCAUUGCUUAAAGAAAAAAAAUAAGCAAACACGUUUGGUGUUCGCCAAAAGGCAUGUGGGAGACUCCCCAAACUUAUGGAAGAAGGUACUCUGGUCAAAUGAGACUAAAAUUGAGCUUUUUGGCCAUCAAGGAAAACGCUAUGUCUGGCGCAAAUAGUUAUGCACACUCAAGUUUUCUGUUUUUAUUUGUCUUAUUUCUUGUUUGUUUCACAAUAAAAAAUAUGUUGCAUCUUCAAAGUGGUAGGUAUGUUGUGUAAAUUAAAUGAAUACAAACCCUCCAAAAACUACUGCUGGCUCAAGCAAUACUUUACUGACACACACACACACACACACACACACACACACACACACACACACACACACACAUAUAUAUACACACACACACACACAUAUACACACACACACACACACACACACACUCAUUGUAUCUCCCUAUGUGACAGAUUCUGAGAUGCAGGGGGUUUACCUAAAGUCAGUGAGAAGCCCUGCUGUGACUGGCAAGUUCAAAAUGGUCUACAAGCAAAACCACAACAUGGACAUCUUCUCUCAGGUAGAAUUAUCAGGAUUUCUUUGGUCUAUUAAUCUUAGGGCCGGUUUCCCAGACAGAGGUUAGGCCUAGUCCUUGUCUAAGAUGCACUUUCAAUGGUGAAUCUCCAUUGAACAUUAUUUUUAGUCUAGGACUUGGCUGUGUUUGGGAAACUGUCCUUUAGAGUUUUAUUCUAUGAUUGUACCCUUUUCACUCAAGUUGACUUUUUUUCUGAUGAAGGCUUUAUGCUGAAAUCUAUAGGUGUUUAGAAAUGAUAAAUAAAGGCUUUUUGACUUUAAAACACACUGGACCUUGGAUUCUUCAAACCACUUAACCCUCGUUUGUUGGAUUAGAUUUUUCAUUGUUUUAAAGAAUCAAAGAAACGAAGUUAGCCGAUUCAAUCCCUUUAUAUCGUUUUGCUUAAGCUUCUCUCCAAACUCUGUCCAUAGGUGCCUGAGCUGGACGAGACAUACGCGGAGGACAGCUUUGUGGUGAGUGGCAGUGACGAGGAAGAGCUCGGCGAGGAGGAUGAGGAGGUCCCAUUGGAGCUUAUCUUCGAGGACUCCUUCGUGGAGGGGAGGAGGCAGUACCCCACCAGACGCAAGGCGCUGAUCCGAAACAUCAGGGCUCAGGCUGGGACUGGGUCUGCGACUCUGGACAAGAGGGCUGCUGACCCUCAACCUAAGCCUGCUGGGAAAAACAAGCACUCCCGCAUAGUGCGCUUGGAGGACUCCAGCUCAGAGGAAGAAGUGGAGAAAUGUAGAAAUAGUGUGAAAGCUGAAGGUGUUGCUGCCCUCUGCAGGCUGACUGCGGUACAGCAACAGAAUGACUGGGUGUUUAAAGCUCCACAGCAGCAGGUGCCCCCUAAUGGAACCACCAGAGCCUCCACAGCGAGCUGUGUGGUGGGGCCUAGAGUCCCCAGUGGAGCCAGGUCCUCCUCGGUGAGCUCUGUGAUGGAGCCUAGAGCCCCUAGUGGAACCAGCAGAACCUCCUCAGCGAGCUCCAUGAGGGAGCCCUAGAGAGGAGCAGCAGGAAGAGCGGUGUCGCCAGAGGCUCCAUCAGCAGGCCCGCCUCUCUGAGGAGCUGGACUUUGAGCAGUCGGAGUCUCGGUUGUCCUCAAGUAAACAGCCACAGGUAAUGUGGUAAUGUAUUGAUCAGAUAUAGCCCACAUGAUAUAGGCCAAAUAGGUUGUGUUUUACACAGGCAGCCCAAUUCUGAUAUUUUUUCCACUAAUUGGUCUUUUGACCAAUCACUUCAAUCAAUCAAAUGUUUUUAUAAAGCCCUUUUUACAUCAGCAGAUGUCACAAAGUGCUAUACAGAAACCCAGCCUAAAACCCCAAACAGCAAGCAAUGCAGAUGUAGAAGCACGGUGGCUAGGAAAAACUCCCUAGAAAGGCAGGAACCUAGGAAGAAACCUAGAGAGGAACCAGGCUCUGAGGGGUGGACAGUCCUUUUCUGGCUGUGCCGGGUGGAGAUUAUAAGAGUACAUGGCCAUUUAAGGCCAGAUUGUUCUUCAAGAUGUUCAAACAUUCAUAGAUGACCAGCAGGGUCAAAUAAUAAUCAGUGGUUGUAGAGGGUGCAACAGGUCAGUACCUCAGGAGUAAAUAUCAGUUGGCUUUUCAUAGCCGAGCAUUCAGAGGUCGAGAAAGCAGGUGCAGAUCUUUUACAGAGCUGACCUGAUUGGUCAAAAGACCAAUUAGUGAAAAAAAUAUCUGAUUGGGCUGCCUGUGUAAACGCAGCCAUAUAGGUCACACAGAUAUGUCAGAUGCUAAUCUAAGUACUAUGAUGUUAGUGAAACUGUAAUAGAUUCACUUAGUAUCACGUACCAAGGGAUAUUUAGUUACUGUAAAUAACAGAUGUUUGAAUCAGUACAGAGUACAAACAAUAACUGUUCUACCCAUUUUCAUCCUUCAAGGCCACACUUAUCCUACAAUAGAAGAAUGGAAUAGAAUCUUCCGGAUUCUGGAUUUCAGAAGUAGUAGUAUUUCACUGUUUCCCAUAAUGUCUAUGGUUGUGUCUUUCCCCAGGCUACCUCCUCCACCUCUUCCACCUCCUCAGUACCCCACGCCCAGAGCUCCUUCUGUCAGGCCGCCACUCUAAGUGAGCCCCCUGCCUCGUCAUCAAGCCCGUCGGGCCUUGUCUCUGUACUGGUGGACAGCCGCUGUAUCACAGCCUGUGUGGACGUGGUCUCCAGCCUGCGCCAGCGUUACGCUGUCACGGCCCACGUGUGCUCGCUGGACGGCUGCGACUUUGUGGUCAGUAACCGCAUGGCGGUCGAGAGGCAGAGCCAGUCGGAGCUGGCCGGGAUGCCGAACCGCAAACGGCUUGUGGAGAGGGUGACCAGUUUGCAGGUCCUAUUUGAGCGGGUCUGUCUCAUCGUAGAGAAGGACCGCACUAAACCAGGUGAGGGAGGGGGCACGCACUCACUUUUGUAAUGGACCAGUUAGCUGGGAUACUUCCUGUGGGUUCACUUCCUGAUUUUCUACAUUAUGCUUGUCACAUCACUUUUGUUUCAUUGUGACCGAAGCCACUUGAUUUAGCUCACCCAGCUUGCUGUUUUUUUCAUUUGGAUCCAUUCCAUAGAGCCAUUUUUUGUUUACAAGCAAAUGUCACUUUUUGAGUGAUGCGUGCGCAUCCCAGCACCAAAAUGCUCUGUAGUAGGAUGGCUAACGCUAAAGUCGGGACCUUGACAAACUUAAAGUGCAACUGCACUUCCUUAUUUGGCCUAGUUUUAGAUUUGGUUCAUUAAGAAAUGCUAGUGGACUGAAUUCAAAAGUGAGUUGGUUUCGGGGUGUGGUUUGAUGUGGGUGUCUCUUGUGUGUGUUCGCAGGUGGUAAGAGUUAGACAAAUUAUUUCACCAAUUAGCUUCAGCCGGCUGGUGUGCGACCGUGGCAAAGUUGGUUUGACUUUGGAUAGCCCAUCUCUGGGGAUACUUGGGGAGUGUCAAUAAAUUACACAAUGUAAACGGAACAAUAUUUCCAUGUUGCACAUCUUUUAGUUGUCUCAUUAAAGGCUUUCAAUAUUUGUAUAUGAAUUUCUACAAUCCCAUAGGGAUAUCGAAUGUCAAACCAAAUUGACCAUGGGUAUUAUGAUCGGGUCGCGUGUAGCUGCGCUCCGAAUGUAUGAUUACUUGGCUGCUGCCAGCUAUAGGUAUGUGGGAAGGAUUCAAAUAAACCCAACCCAUGGAAAACUGUUACGGUAUCCUUCAUUACAUGACAUAUCAUUUUUUCAUAAUCUCGCAAACUUCAGUUUUGGACAAGACUGACUUUAUGACCAAAAUUAUCCUAUUUACACAAUUUUGACACUAGAAUAAAUGUUUCUGAGUCGUAUCGAUGCCACAGGCCAUUUUUAUACCAUGUAAAUGGAAGUUUGAUCAAAUAUAGAAUGUAAUGGUAUAACCAGAAAUAUCCCACAUGACAGUGUUUAUAGGGUUCAACAUUGUCUUUCUAUCAUCAGAUAAACAUUUUUGUAAAGUUGAUCUACCGUUUGUUAUUCUCCAUAUUUUUUACAUUUUCCUCGCCUUCUUCCCAUAGGUGAAGCUUCCCGUCCUUUCCAACAUACACGCUACUACGACAGCACACUGGCCAGCUUGGUGCGGGCAGGCGUCCGACUCCUGGUGAGCGGGGGGCCUGAGGAGAGCGCCGCCCUACUGGCUGAGCUGGCCCGAUUGGAGCAGAGGAAGGGCCAGGCCAUUAGUGUGCCAUUAGAGGUCAAAGGUCACCGGCAGCAGGCGCUGCUCUUCUACCAGACGCUGCCCUGCGUCAGCUAUGUCAACGCCCUCAACAUGAGCCACAGUUUCAGAUCGGUGGGCCAGCUGGUCAACAGGUAGGAGAAAUAAACUGCUACUGUUAGCAUCUCUGUUAGCAUGUCAGUUAGCAUUACCUCUGUUAUCAUCUCUCUUAGCAUUGUUAUCUCGGUUCUCUGUUAGCCUUGUUAGUUACACUACAUGGCUACAUGCUCGUCGAACAUCACAUUCCAAAAGUUGGUCCCCCCUUUGCUGCUAUAACAGCCUCCACUCUUCUGGGAAGGCUUUCCACUAGAUUAUGGAACAUUGCUGCAGGGACUUGCUUCCAUUCAGCCACAAGAGCAUUAAUGAGGUUGGGCAAUUAGGCCUGGCUCGCAGUCGGCGUUCCAAUUCAUCCCAAAGGCGUUCGAUGGGGUUGAGGUCAGGGCUCUGUGCAGGCCAGUCAAGUUCUUCCACACCAAUCUCGACAAACCAUUUCUGUAUGGACCUCGCUUUUUUUGCAUGGGGGCAUUGUCAUGCUGGAACAGGAAAGGACCAUUAUUCCGCCUCUACCAAACUUUACAGUUGGCACUAUGCAUUCGGGCAGGUAGAGUUCUCCUGGCAUCUGCCAAACCCAGAUUAUUCUGUCGGACUGCCAGAUAGUGAAGCAUGAUUCAUCGCUCCAGAAAACGAGUUUCCACUGCUCUAGAGUCCAAUGGCGGUGAGCUUUACACCACUCCAGCCGACGUUUGGCAUUGCGCAUGAUGAUCUUAGGCUUGUAUAUGCGGCUGCUCGGCCAUAGAAACCCAUUUCAUGAAGCUCCCGACGAACAGUUCUUGUGCUGACGUUGCAUCCAGAGGCAGUUUGGAACUCGGUAGUGAGUGUUGCAACCGAGAGCAGACAAUUUUUACGCGCUUCAGCACUCGGCGGUCCCGUUCUGUGAGCUUGUGUGGCCUACCACUUCGCGGCUGAGCUGUUGUUGCUCCUAGACGUUUCCCCUUCACAUUAACAGCACUUACAGUUGAUCGGGGCAGCUGUAGCAGGGCAGAAAUUUGACAAACUGACUUGUUGGAAAGGUAGCAUCCUAUGACGGUGCCACGUUGAAAGUCACUGAGCUCUUCAGUACGGGCCAUUCUACUGCCAAUGUUUGUCUAUGGAGAUUGCAUGGCUCUGUGCUUGAUUUUAUACACCUGUCUGUCAGCAACGGGUGUGGCUGAAAUAGCCGAAUCCACUAGUUCGAAGCGGUGUCCACAUACAUGUAUUGUAUGUUAGCAUCGCUAUAGUUAGGUCUUUCUAUAAACUAGGGUAUCAGUAAGGAUUUCCUACGCUGGACAACUUGUUACAGCUGUCGAUAAGUAAUUGACAAUAAUCGAUCACUUUUUAAAAUGUAAUUACAUUAACAUAUAACGGGGGAACAUAGCUAUAUACAAUCAAAUUCACGAUUUAAUUUAAAACCCUUUGUCAUCAUUGGUAUCUUGACAGAUUUGUCCAAAAUCAUGUGACAUAAAACAUUUACUUUUCUGUCCUUCCAUUUAUGGCAAUGUAAGUUGUCGUUAAAUCAUAUAUUAAGCUUUAAUCAGUUAAAUUAGACAUUGAACUUGAACCCUGUAUCUAGCUGUCUGACAGUUUUCUGUAUAGAGAUUUCAGAAAUGCAGUGUAACUAUGUAACAUUUUGUGUCUCCUUAUGUUACGGAGUGAAAACUGUUUUUAUGGGCACACAUAUCCCAAAUAAUGUACGCCAUUGCAAAAUCGAAUGCUUCUAACCAAAAGAGUCACCUUACUGUGAUACUUAAAACCUAAAUCGAUACUGUCAUUAACGUGACUCUUCAAUAAUUAUGCAUAAUACUUGUUGGAUGCGCAUUUGGUGACGAGCUUUUUAAUUAUGUCGUGAUAUUUUCACACAUCAUCAUCUGAUCCAGGAAGGACUUUUCUGAAUGACAGUCAAGUGAGGAACAGCUGUUGUGAUAGCACAAGCGAUACAACAACAGCCCAAGUGCUGGAAAAAAGGUGUUCGCGAGGAACGUCAGGAAUAUUUUGGAGACGUAUUCGUUGUGCCGGUAAAAACAGAUGUGGCUACUUUCAUUUGUUUCCCGCAGCUUCAAUUGAAGGGUGUUGCACUACUCUGUUGCGGUUAAACCAUAUACGAUUUUUAUGAGUUAUAAACUGGAUGGUUGGAGCCCUGAAUGCUGAUUGGCUGAAAGCCGUGGUAUAUCAGACCGUAUACCACAGGUAUGACAAAACAUGUAUUUUUACUGCUCUAAUUACGUUGGUAACAAUAAGGCACCUCGGGGGUUUGUGGUAUAUUGCCAGUAUACCACGGCUAAGGGCUGUAUCCAGGCACUCCGCGUUGCAUCGUGUAUAAGAACAGCCCUUAGCUGUGGUAUAUUGGCCAUUUACCACACCCCCUCGGGCCUUAUUGCUUAAUUAUACAAUGGGUGGGUCUAAUCCUGAAUGCUGAUUGGAUAAAACUGCAUUCCAGCUGGUGUCUAUUCCACAAGUUACCACCGGCUAAAUCUAUGACGUUAAAAUGCCUAUUUACUCUGUUCCAUCUGACUGCGCAAUCCACUGUCUCAUCAGCCCAGCCAGGCAACUUAUAAACUUGAUCUCCACAAUAAAAUGCAUCUAGACAUUAUCUCACAUUUCUUUUAGACUAACAUUUAGUUUUCAACAGCGGAGAGUUGUAUAAACCUUGCUGUCUGUCUCUCCGACAUUUGCAACAUUGUUUCAAUAUUCAAAUUCGAUCUCCAGCUGUCCCAUAGUAAUGAAUGUGUCAGAAAGGCAGGCAGCGUUUCUCAGCCAGUCGAAAUCAUGAAUCAGCUGGCAUCAUUUUUAUGGAUAUACUGUAUAUACAAAAAAAUGUCAAACUAAACGAAGUGCAGCUAGUUUGCAGUCUUUCUAGCUUCAGUUUGAAGUGAUUGUGUGUUAGCUGUGUUGUUGGCUAGCUCCUCUGAACAACAGUGUUCUAUGCCAGGCGAAAUCGCGCCUCAUUAGUUCAUUGUUAUGGAUGUAUCCAAAUAAAUAUCUCUAGAAAACAGCUUAUGCAAAUGCAGCUACUUUGCUGUUACUCUGGCCGCACUUUUUGACGUGACUGUAAAGAUUGAACGACUGGGUCGCGUCAUUGGCGAGCAAACCGAUAGAAGGAACGACCAGCCGGCUUGGGGAGCGACCCUAGAUUUGUGUCGGGACUAUAUAUUGUGGAAGGAUGAAAUAGUAUGAAUAAAUUUAUCAAAAUAACGUUUUUAAUGAAAAUAUGUCAAUCAUUGUUUGAAUAUGUUGGUAACCCGUUGUAUAAAAGUGAUAAUGCCCUCGAAGCCUCGACUUCGUCUCGGGCCUAACAACACUGUGCCAAUAUAUCCUCCAAACACCGGCUUCUCGGGCAUUAUCACUUAAGAGGACAACAUCUAAUGCUGGCUUCAACUUGGCUUGCCAUACAAAUCCUUCCAUUACAAAAGGAACCUGUUUUUUGUUCGCUUUCUCAUUAUAAAAACAGGGAUGGUGAGAUUCUAAUGGUGAUAUUAAUGCUACCGCUAUUCAUGGUUUUAUUAUGUGUCCCUGCGUCGGCCACAAAGGCUACAGAAAAAUUGCCAUGUAUGCAUCCAGGCAAGUCCACAUUAUUCUCACAUAUUUUAUAAUGUACUAAUAAUUUGAAUAUCAAUGCAUGGACAAGGCCUAAAACAUGCAGUAUUCUAAAAGUGGUAAUGACCUACUUUUUAACAUUUUCUUUACACGUUUUGCAUGCUUUUUUGAGGGGAGGUUCUAUAAUUGUAUAACAUUGAGGUCCUUGAAAAUUACAAUGAAGUCCCUGAAAGUCCUUGAAUUUGACUUGCCUAUGUCUGUAUGAACCCUACUUAAAGGAUGUAUAGUCCUAGACCUAUGUUGUUGUAUAGGUGGAGUUAUGGGACCAUUUGCAUAUACUCCUCUAAGUACACAUGUGGAACUGCAUAAAAAUCAUUUUUAUUUUUGUUUUAAACCAUUUUUAAAUGUUUAUCCCGAUGUCACACAUUGGAGAUUAUGAAUAUGAAGUUGAACAAUUGUGAAAUUUCUCUUUAAUGUGCUGCAGAAUCUUUAAUAACAAUGUAUGAGCAAUAUUUGAUACCAUCAUUAGAUACACCAAAAGUAUGUGGACACCCCUUCAAAUUUGUCGAUUCAGCUAUUUCAGCCACACCCGUUGCUGACAGGUGUAUAAAAUCGAGCACACAGCCAAGCAAUUGCCAUAGACAAACAUUGGCAGUAGAAUGGCCCGUACUGAAGAGCUCAGUGACUUUCAACGUGGCACCUUUCCAACAAGUCAGUAAGUCAAAUUUCUUCCCUGCUAGAGCUGCCCCGGUCAACUGUAAGUGCUGUUAUUGUGAAGUGGAAACAUCUAGGAGCAACAACGGCUCAGCCGCGAAGUGGUAGGCCACACAAGCUCACAGAACGGGACCACCGAUUGCUGAAGAACGUGGCGCGUAAAAAUCCUCUGUCCUCGGUUGCAACACUCACUACCGAGUUCCAAACUGUCUCUGGCAGCAACGUCAGCACAAUAACUGUUCGUCAGGAGCUUCAUGAAAUGGGUUUCCAUGGCCGAACAGCCGCACACAAGUCUUAAGAUCACCAUGCGCAAUGCCAAGCGUCGGCUGGAGUGGUGUAAAGCUUGCCGCCAUUGGACUCUGGAGCAGUGGAAAUGCGUUCUCUGGAGUGAUUAAUCACGCUUCACCAUCUGCCAGUCCGAAGGACUAAUCUGGGUUUGGCGGAUGCCAGGAGAACGCUACCUGCCCCAAUGCAUAGUGCCAACUGUAAAGUUUGUUGGAGGAAUAAUGGUCUGGGGCUGUUUUUCAUAGUUCGGGCUAGGCCCCUUAGUUCCAGUGAAGGGAAAUCUUAACGCUACAGCAUACAAUUACAUUCUAGACAAUUCUGUGCUUCCAAUCAUGUGGCAACAGUUUGGGGAAGGCACUUUCCUGUUUCAGCAUGACAAUGCCCCCGUGCACAAAGCAAGGUCCAUACAGAAAUGGUUUGUCGAGAUUGGUGUGGAAGAACUUGACUGGCCUGCACUGAGCUCUGACCUUAACCCCAUCUAACAACCUUUGGGAUGAAUUGGAACGCCGACUGCAAGCCAGGCCUAAUUUUUAUUUUAUUUAUUUAACCUUUAUUUAACCAGGUAAGCCAGUUGAGAACAAGUUCUCAUUUACAACUGCGACCUGGCCAAGAUAAAGCAAAGCAGUGCGAUAAAAACAACAACACAGAGUUACAUAUGGGGUAAAACAAAACAUAAAGUCAAAAAUACAACAGAAAAUAUAUAUACAGUGUGUGCAAAUGUAGCAAGUUAUGGAGGUAAGGCAAUAAAUAGGCUAUAGUGCAAAAUAAUUACAAUUAGUAUUAACACUGGAAUGAUAGAUGUGCAAGAGAUUAUGUGCAAAUAGAGAUACUGGGGUGCAAAUGAGCAAAAUAAAUAACAAUAUAGGGAUGAGGUAGUUGGGUGGGCUAAUUUCAGAUGGGCUGUGUACAGGUGCAGUGAUCGGUAAGGUGCUCUGAAAACUGAUGCUUAAAGUUAGUGAGGGAGAUAAGAGUCUCCAGCUUCAGAGAUUUUUGCAAUUCGUUCCAGUCAUUGGCAGCAGAGAACUGGAAGGAAUGGCGGCCAAAGGAGGUGUUGGCUUUGGGGAUGACCAGUGAGAUAUACCUGCUGGAGCACAUACUACGGGUGGGUGUUGCUAUUGUGACCAAUGAGCUAAGAUAAGGCGGGGAUUUGCCUAGCAGUGAUUUAUAGAUGGCCUGGAGCCAGUGGGUUUGACGACGAACAUGUAAUGAGGACCAGCCAACAAGAGCGUACAGGUCACAGUGGUGGGUAGUGUAUGGGGCUUUGGAGACAAAACGGAUGGCACUGUGAUAGACUACAUCCAAUUUGCUGAGUAGAGUGUUGGAGGCUAUUUUGUAAAUGACAUCGCCGAAGUCAAGGAUCGGUAGGAUAGUCAGUUUUACGAGGGCAUGUUUGGCAGCAUGAGUGAAGGAGGCUUUGUUGCGAAAUAGGAAGCCGAUUCUGGAUUGAAUCACCCAACAUCAGUGCCCGACUUCACUAAUGCUCUUGUGGCUGAAUAGAAGCAAGUCCCCGCAGCAAUAUUCCAACAUCUACUGGAAAGCCUUCCCAGAAGAGUGGAGGCUGUUAUAGCAGCAAAGGGGGGACCAACUCCAUAUUAAUGCCCAUGAUUUUGGAAUGAGAUGUUCGACAAGCAGGUGUCCCCAUACUUUUGGCUUUAGUGUAGAUAGUAGAGAAUACAAUAAUUAGCUACAGUAGCAUUAACACUCUCUCUCUCCUCUACUUGUAGCUCUAUUGAGGCUCUACAGAAGGGGGCGUGUGUGAGCCGCCCCAGAGCCGAGGAGAUCUACCGCUGCCUACGCUACUCCUGUGACACCACCCUGAUGACUACCAACACACCGAAGAACGGCCUUUAGCCAGCCAUCACUGCUUAAAUCCCCAUUGACACUGAUCUAAGGUCAGUUUGGCCCAUUUCCUCCCUAAUGGUUACUGGUUAGGAUUUCAGGGGAGUUGGCUGAUCCUAGAUCUGUGCCUCAAGGACAAUUUCCAAUCUUGCUCUCAAACAGUACCUCUAAUGGCAUCAUGGCCUUGACUUGUGUUCAUUAGUCACCAAAUGG